GUGAAAGCCCGUCCAGCUAAGAUAACAUGUAACUUAGUCGUAAUAAAUUUGGAAGACGUUGUGAAAAUAAAUUAUUUAGCAUUUUUGAACCCUGUAAUAUUAAUUUUUUAAAAGGCAGACAUUUUCUAACCAUCCGUCUGUGGGAGCGUGUUCAAUGACUGCAUUUUGCCACAGCUGAAGGCACACUUAUCUAUGAAUUAUGACACUCGCACACAACAGUAAUUCAGUAAUUGAAGUUGAGUUAAAACUUAAAUACACAGCUGGUUGUCCACACAGCAGGUGGACCAGUGUCGUGCACACUCACACUACAAGCCAAUCGUCUUGAUUCAAUGACUCUAGCUCUAGUCAGCAACUCUAUAAUAAUUAAUAUAGCGCCCGAAGUAUGAAAUAAUAUCUAAAUGGUAAAUAACGGGGCUGCAUGUAAGUGAUUUAUUUCGUGUGUAGUGGGAUUUCAAUAAACUCCACAGGACGGCAUAGAGGGCCUACAAUUUAUUGAUGUAAUUAUAGGAAACUCACUCUGGUAAGUGCUCACCACAUGUAUUUCAUGUUUAUUUAUUGAUGUAAUUAUAGGAAACUCACUCAUGGUAAGUGCUCACCACAUGUAUUUCAUGUCAUAAAUAAGGCAUAUACUUUACUCUACUAUAGUUAGCUAUAGGCUAUAGGCUAAGACCACUCCGGGUGGGGGGGGGGGCAUUUUAGGCCAUUCUAAAUGACCUCACGCAAAUUUUGCCCAUUUUUACCCCCCCCCCCCCCCCCGUCGUUCCCCCAUCUUCACAAAAUGCUAGACACCACCACAACCCCCUCCCCCCAUCACAAACCUCUGCAUCCCUCUUAUUAUACAAAAAUUCUCUGUCCACUACUGUCCUUCACAAACAUAAACAGAUUCUCCUCCAUGUCAGCCUGUACCUGAAUCAGAGGCCAUUUACCUGACCUCACAUAGGUGGAGUGAUUCUCUGUAUAAUGUUUGAAAUGUCUGAAUUGUAAUUGAAUGUUACCAAGUGCAAUUUUUUUCAUUAUGUUCAGCUUUUAAUGUGAUUUCACAUUGCUUUAACCCCCCACCCCCCAAAAAAAAUAAAAAAAUUGACCCCCCCCCCCUCUUUCCUCUCCCAGAUGUGAUUUUGACAUAAUUUAUGGAUGGCCCAUAAAGAGUAUUAAUUUAAAGCCAAUUAUUAUUAAAAAUUUGUCUCAUUUCAUUUGUGACUUCAGUGUAGCCAAUGCCAAUUUGAAUAUAAGUUAAACUUAGACAAGACAUAGAGACUCAAACUAGGUUUUAUUAAGUUUAACACUGAGUGACACUAGUGAAUUUACUGGCUGAAGCCUACAAAUUUUUAUAAAAUUUCACUUAUAAAAAAAAGUUAUUUUUUUUACUAGUACUGGUUUGGCCACUCAUAUGCUAAAAUAGGGCUACUACUACUAACCUAAACUAAAGACGGCCUUGUCCAAGAAAAAAAUUACGCCUGGCAUAUGAAAAGGAAACAUUGUUUUGACUUAUAAUUAUUAUUAUUAUUAUUUUUAAGUGGUCUCAUAUAGCAUGGUACCCCAGUCUAGGUCUAGGCUCACCGUGCUUCACAUGAUAAUUAACAAAAAGAAAAAAGAAACACAAUAUUAAAAAACAGUUAAAUAAAAUUAUUCAUUUAAAAACAGCUUUGUAAAAAGAUUGUCAUCAUUUAAUUAUAGUUGCUUAUAAUUGUAUACACUAAUUCACUAGGCAUAUACACUUUUGACACUAUAUUGAUUUUAUUAGGGCUUUGGCCUUUAAAAUAGCAGCUCAAGUCCAAGUCCUAAGUAAGCAGUAACCACAUCCCAUUUCACUUUGGUUGCCCAUACUAGCCAUAGUCAUCAUUGACAUUGAUCGCCAGGCUAAGAACCCUUGAUAAUACCAUCUGCUAUUGCAAAGUCAGCAAAGCAAAGGUCACAUGUUGGUAACUGCAAAGUUUGUCUGUUAAUCUCACAAUAUUUCACUUGUUAAUAGUGUCUUAAUAAUUGGGCUUAAACAUUAUGGAUAUCAGCAUACUGAAUAUUAAGCACUGAAAGGGAUAUAUUAAGGUUAUUAAAAAUGGGACCACCUCCUUAAAAUAGGAUUUGACGAUAAGACCCCCUCCCCCAGGGUCUUAAUGGUCGUCAUAACAUCAAAUCUCUGUGUCUUUCGUUUGUAAUUUUUUUUUAAAACUAGUAAUAAACUUGAAAAUGAACAUCUGUGUUAAACCGCGGUAAUAAAUGCACUGUUGGCCUCUGUCAAUAUGGUUUCAUCAUCUUGAAUCCUGUUAUCACACACAUGCGUGAUAGUUUCACCUGCUGAUAAAAACAGGUGUUCUUAACUUGACACUAAAGAGACACAGUAUGUUUCAAAGUGUAGGAAAAAUAUAAAGAAAAUUUAGACAAUUAGAAGCUACUCAAAGUUUUGGAUAAGGAUAGUCAUAAUAGUCUUGAACAGGUACAAAAAAUUAUUUAAAAUAAGUUUUUAACAGUAACCUUAUCAGUUUUUCAUGACUUAGGCUAAGGUCAGGUUUCCCAACCAGAAAUAUCCCUCGUUGGCCCCACACCAGGUGGUGUCCGAUGACAUUUUAAGGGGUGUAAGGAGAGGUGACUAUAAUUGGAAUUUUUAUUUUCAAUUUUAAAAUGCAUUGAUACUUUUGAAGGGGGUGUAAGUCUUAGUCAAACAAUUAAUAGGGGUGAAAAAUUUAAAAUAUAUGGGGAAACACCAUACCACCAUGUCUUUCUACAGGCUAUAUCUCCCCCCCCCCCCCCCCCCCCCCCNUUCCCUUCCCUAUUAGGUUUUUCUGCAGUGUAAUGGAAAAGAUGGAUGUUUCAGUAAAAAGAAAUAUUCAGUUGUAAAGUUAUCAUUCAUAAGCCCUUCUAAAUAUGAGGUCAUCAUCAUCCAUAAGACACUCUAAAUAUGAGGUCAUCAUCAUCCAUAAGACACUCCAAGUGUGUGGUCAGCUGUCAUAAGCACCAUUAAUUGUGAGGUCAGCAGUCAUAAGCCCCUCUAAAUGUGAGGUCAGCAGUCAUAAGCACAUCUAAAUCAGAGGUCAUCAUUCAUAAACCCUUCUAAAUGUGAGGAUCAUUCAUAAGCCCCUCUAAAUGUGAGGUCAUCAUUCAUAAGUCCCUGUAAAUUUGAGGUCGUCAUUCAUAAGUCCCUCUUAUUUUGAGGUCAUCAUUCAUAAACCCAUCUAAAUGUGAGGUCAUCAUUAAUAAGCCCCUCUAAAGGUGAGGUCAUCAUUCAUAAGCCCCUCUAAAGGUGAGGUCAUCAUUCAUAAGCCCCUCUUAUUUUGAGGUCAUCAUUCAUAAGUCCAUCUAAAUGUGAGGUCAUCAUUCAUAAGCCCCUCUAAAGGUGAGGUCAUCAUUCAUAAGCCCCUCUAAAUUUGAGGUCAUCAUUCAUAAGCCCAUCAAAUGUGAGGUCAUCAUUCAUAAGUCCAUCUAAAUGUGAGGUCAUCAUUCAUAAGCCCAUCUAAUUUGAGGUCAUGAUUCAUAAGCCCAUCUAAUUUGAGGUCAUCAUUCAUAAGCCCAUCUAAUGUGAGAUCAUCAUUUAUAAGCCCAUCUAAAUGUGAGGUCAUCAUUCAUAAGCCCAUCAAAUGUGAGAUUAUCAUUCAUAAGCCCCUCAAAAUGUGAGGUCAUCAUUCAUAAGCCCAUCUAAUGUGAGGUCAACAUUCAUAAGUCCAUCUAAUGUGAGGUCAACAUUCAUAAGCCCAUCUAAUGUGAGGUCAACAUUCAUAAGCCCAUCUAAUCUGAGGUCAACAUUCAUAAGCCCAUCUAAAUGAUUUAUGUUUAAACAAAUCUGAGAAAAAAUGUCAAUGUUAGGGUUCCAAAAGUACUGCGAUUCUGUUGCUGCCCUUCAUAUCAGUCUGUCACUAAGAACAGUUUAGCUCUUAAUAAAAAAUCAAUUUCUUUUGACAAUUAAAUAUAUUUAUAUGAAAUAAUAACUAAACAUAAAUAUUUAUACACGUUUUUUGAGCUCUCGGUUAUAUUAAAACCCAUCUUAAACCCAUCUAAUGUGAGAUCAUCAUGUAUAAGCCCAUCUAAAUGUGAGGUCAUCAUUCAUAAGCCCCUCUAAAUGUGAGGUCAUCAUUCAUAAGCCCCUCUAAAUGUGAGGUCAUCAUUCAUAAGCCCCUCUAAAUUUGAGGUCAUCAUUCAUAAGCCCAUCAAAUGUGAGAUCAUCAUUCAUAAGUCCAUCUAAAUGUGAGGUCAUGAUUCAUAAGCCCAUCUAAUUUGAGGUCAUGAUUCAUAAGCCCAUCUAAUUUGAGGUCAUCAUUCAUAAGCCCAUCUAAUGUGAGAUCAUCAUUUAUAAGCCCAUCUAAAUGUGAGGUCAUCAUUCAUAAGCCCAUCAAAUGUGAGAUUAUCAUUCAUAAGCCCCUCAAAAUGUGAGGUCAUCAUUCAUAAGCCCAUCUAAUGUGAGGUCAACAGUCAUAAGUCCAUCUAAUGUGAGGUCAACAUUCAUAAGCCCAUCUAAUGUGAGGUCAACAUUCAUAAGCCCAUCUAAUGUGAGGUCAACAUUCAUAAGCCCAUCUAAUGUGAGGUCAACAUUCAUAAGCCCAUCAAAAUGUGAGUUCAACAUUCUUAAACCCAUCUAAUGUGAGAUCAUCAUGUAUAAGCCCAUCUAAAUGUUAGGUCAUCAUUCAUAAGCCCCUCUAAAUGUGAGGUCAUCAUUCAUAAGCCCCUCUAAAUGUGAGGUCAUCAUUCAUACGUCCCUCUAAAUUUGAGGUCAUCAUUCGUAAGCUCAUCUAAAUGUGAGGUCAUCAUUCAUAAGCCCAUCAAAUAUGAGAUCAUCAUUCAUAAGCCCCUCUAAAUGUGAGGUCAUCAUUCAUAAGCCCAUCAAAUGUGAGAUCAUCAUUCAUAAGCCCCUCUAAAUGUGAGGUCAUCAUUCAUAAGCCCCUCUAAAUUUGAGGUCAUCAUUCGUAAGCCCAUCUAAUGUGAGGUCAUCAUUCAUAAGCCCCUCUUAUUUUGAGGUCAUCAUUCAUAAGCCCAUCUAAAUGUGAGUUCAUCAUUCAUAAGCCCCUCUAAAUGUGAGGUCAUCAUUCAUAAGCCCAUCUAAUGUGAAGUCAUCAUUCAUAAGCCCAUCUAAUGUGAGGUCAACAUUCAUAAGCCCAUCUUAUGUGAGGACAACAUUCAUAAGCCCAUCUAAUGUGAGGUCAACAUUCAUAAGCCCAUCUUAUGUUAGGUCAACAUUCAUAAGCCCAUCUAAUGUUAGGUCAUCAUUCAUAAGCCUAUCUUAUGUUAGGUCAUCAUUCAUAAGCCCAUCUAAUGUGAGGACAACAUUCAUAAGCCCAUCUAAUGUGAGGUCAACAUUCAUAAGCCCAUCUAAUGUGAGGUCAACAUUCAUAAGCCCAUCAAAAUGUGAGGUCAACAUUCUUAAACCCAUCUAAUGUGAGAUCAUCAUGUAUAAGCCCAUCUAAAUGUGAGGUCAUCAUUCAUAAGCCCCUCUAAAUGUGAGGUCAUCAUUCAUAAGCCCCUCUAAAUGUGAGGUCAUCAUUCAUAAGUCCCUCUAAAUUUGAGGUCAUCAUUCGUAAGCUCAUCUAAAUGUGAGGUCAUCAUUCAUAAGCCCAUCUAAUGUGAGGUCAACAUUCAUAAGCCCCUCUAAAUGUGAGGUCAUCAUUCAUAAGCCCAUCAAAUGUGAGAUCAUCAUUCAUAAGCCCCUCUAAAUGUGAGGUCAUCAUUCAUAAGCCCCUCUAAAUGUGAGGUCAUCAUUCAUAAGUCCCUCUAAAUGUGAGGUCAUCAUUCAUAAGUCCCUCUAAAUUUGAGGUCAUCAUUCGUAAGCCCAUCAAAUGUGAGGUCAUCAUUCAUAAGCCCCUCUUAUUUUGAGGUCAUCAUUCAUAAGCCCAUCUAAAUGUGAGUUCAUCAUUCAUAAGCCCCUCUAAAUGUGAGGUCAUCAUUCAUAAGCCCAUCUAAUGUGAAGUCAUCAUUCAUAAGCCCAUCUAAUGUGAGGUCAACAUUCAUAAGCCCAUCUUAUGUGAGGACAACAUUCAUAAGCCCAUCUAAUGUGAGGUCAACAUUCAUAAGCCCAUCUUAUGUUAGGUCAACAUUCAUAAGCCCAUCUAAUGUUAGGUCAUCAUUCAUAAGCCCAUCUUAUGUUAGGUCAUCAUUCAUAAGCCCAUCUAAUGUGAGGACAACAUUCAUAAGCCCAUCUAAUGUGAGGUCAAAAUUCAUAAGCCCAUCUAAUGUGAGGUCAACAUUCAUAAGCCCAUCUAAUGUGAGGUCAACAUUCACAAGCCCAUCUAAUGUGAGGUCAACAUUCAUAAGCCCAUCUAAUGUGAGGUCAACAUUCAUAAGCCCAUCUAAUCUGAGGUCAACAUUCAUAAGCCCAUCUAAAUGAUUUAUGUUUAAACAAAUCUGAGAAAAAAUGUCAAUGUUAGGGUUCCAAAAGUACUGCGAUUCUGUUGCUGCCCUUCAUAUCAGUCUGUCACUAAGAACAGUUUAGCUCUUAAUAAAAAAUCAAUUUCUUUUGACAAUUAAAUAUAUUUAUAUGAAAUAAUAACUAAACAUACAUAUUUAUACACGUUUUUUGAGCUCUCGGUUAUAUUAAAACACUUUGAAUGGUAGGAUUGAAGGGAAUAGAGUGACCUGACUGGGGUCAUGGUGAAAAAUUGUAGUCGGCAAAGAAGAAAGAUUAAAUAGAGCAAUGACUUUAAAAGAGUAGAUUUUCCUCAUAUCAAAGCUGUAAUGGUGUUUAAAGAAGGGGAGUGGCUUUACAAGACAAUUAUAAAUUCCAUGCACACGUUCACAUGCCUUGAAAUAUACCAAACAAAUGAGGUGAUAGAGCAAUGUUCAACAACUGUUGUCAUUGAGUCCUCUUAUCUCCACAACUACGUGUGAUAUAUGGAGGUGUGUCCGUGACGAAGGUAUAUCAGCUCAUCUGAUUGGUAGCCCGUUAAUAUUAUCAAUUGCUGAUUCAUGCACUAUUGUGAUGCAUGAUGAAAUUGCCUGGCUUGUGAUCUUUUGAAGUUAGAAGGACUUACGAUUACUUACAUUGCUUAGUCAUGCGACCAGAUACUUGCCAGAUACAACAUAGACAUUGCCGACGUCAGUAAAACUAGCCUCUCUGGCAAAGGUGAACUCACAGAAAGGCUAUGUUUUCUUCUGGAGCAGACGCGACCCUGAAGCAAGGCGAGAUGCUGGAUUUGGCUUUGCUAUCAAAACCGCUCUUGCUACCAAGCUCCCAAGCUCUUCAAAAGCUAUCAAUGACCGUCUCAUGACGAUGAAACUCCCCCUCUGCCAUGGAAAGAAGUCUGCCACUUUUAGUCAGUGCAUAUGCACCCACCACGACAAACACAGAAGAGACCAAAGAUAAGUUUUAUGAAGACCAGAACACUGUCAUCUCCUCCACACCGACUGCUGACGCAACUCAUCAUCUUGGAUAUUUCAAUGCACGUGUCAGCAGUGACUACAUGUACCUCCUUGGAAGGGGGGUGAUGGGAAAGUAUGGUGUUGGAAAGUACAACAGCAACGGCCUACUGGUACUCCAGACCUUUUCGUUGUUCAUCCGUCGAAGUCGACAAGGACCAUCGAAUCAUCCGGUUAGGGGCGGGCCGGGGGGGGGGGGGUGGGAUUACGGUGGGCUCUUAGGUGGCUUGUUAGACCGAUCCUUGCACGGAAUAAUCUAUGACACCGUGGGCAUGGAAUAGUUGCUUCAGACGAUGACCUAAUGUUGCUCUUUCGGACAAGCCUGCGUGUCUCAGCUGUGGUUAUUCUCUUAGCUUCAUGGGAUUUAGCCCCCUUCUUGACAGCAGCUCUCCAUCUGGCUCUGUCCUGGGCUGUCUGCACCCAUUGAGUAGUGUUUAUGCUGAAGGCCUUUAGUGCCACUUUCAGUGAGUUUUUGUAACGCUUUCUUUGGCCUCCUUGGGAGCGCUUGCCUAUCGUGAGUUCUCCAAAGAAUAUUUGUUUCGGGAGCCGGUGGUCUGCCAUACGGGCUACGUGUCCCAUCCAACGGAGCUGAGACUGCAUCAGAGUGGUGAAGAUACUAGGUAGGUUCGCUCUAGCGAGGACCUCGGUGUCGGGGACUUUGUCUUGCCACCUGAUGUCGAGGAGUUUCCUGAGGCAGGUAGUGUGAAAAUGAUUCAGUUUCUUGGCGUGACGCUGGUAGACAGUCCACGUUUCACAUCCAUAAAGCAGUGUCGGGAGGACUGCUGCGCUAUAGACCUUGAGCUUUGUUUCUCGACUGAUACCUCUCCUGUCCCAAACAGUGCUGCGGAGCCUGCCAAAUAGGGCACUAGCUUUGGCGAGUCUGCCAUUCAUUUCAUCAUCCAUAACGACAGAUCUAGAGAGGGUGCUGCCCAGACCUAUGCUUAACACGGCCUUCUAAUAACAAACACCAUCUUCAGCCUCUCUAGGCGCAACACUCCUCAGCACUGUUUGGGACAGAAGAGGUAUCAGACGAUAAACGAAGGUCAAGGCCUAUAGCGCAGCAGUCCUCUCGACAUUAUUCUACGGAUGUGAAACAUGGACAGUUCACCAACGUCGCACAUAAAAAAAACUAAAUCAUUUUAACACAACCUGCCUCAGGAAACACCUUGGCAUCAGGUGGCAAGACAAAGUGCCUGACACGGAGGUCCUCGCUGGAGCGAACCUUCCUAUCAUCUUCACCAAACUGAUGCAAUCUCAACUCCGUAUGGAAGACAACCGGCUCCCUAAACAGCUAUUCUUCUGAGAACUCACGCUAGGCAAGCGCUCCCAAGGAGGUCAAACAAAAGGGUUACAAAGACUGACUGGAAGGGACACUUAAGGCCUUCAGUAUCAACCCUACUGAAUGGGCGCAGACAGCCCAGGACAGAGCCGGGUGGCGAUCAGCUGUCAAGAAACGGGCUCACUCUCAUGAAGCCAGAAGGAGAGCCACAGCUGAGACACGUAGGCUAGCCCGAAACAAGCAACCUUAUAAAUCACCGACUGCAGCAGCUAUCCACUGCCCGCGGUGCCAGAGACUAUUCCGAGCACGGAUCGGACUAGCAAGCCACCUACGAACUCAUCAUGAACUCCCCCCCCCCCCCAACUUGGUGGCCAGAUGGUCCCAGUCGAUGUCGACCGACGAACGACAGUCGUGCAACCAGGGCUUAGUCAUGCCACCAUUUGUUACUGUUUAGCAAGAAAUCCACUUAUGAAUUAGAAUCUAACCCGUUAAACUGUUAUGAGAAUGACCUUCACAUUAUUUUGUGUAAAUGAGUGUGUUGUCAUGGUAACUGUAUUCUCCAAACCACAAUUAUUAGUUGCUUCUACUUAAACGACGGUGUUUUUUUGUGUUUUUUUACAUUUCUUUUCCUUUUCUUGUUUUAGUCGCCAUCGAGCCACCUGCAGCCAUUCUGUUAUGAGCAUAGCGAAUUCAUUCAAAGUGAAAUAUGUGUAGUUGUUGGCAGACUUUGAUAACCCAGAUCUCUGGUAUACGUCUCAUUUCGUCACACCUAACGUCAUGCAGGGGGUUGCCUUAUUGUUAUUAUUGUGCUAUUUUGAAUUGCGGGUGAAAAAAACUGACACCGUCACAAGUUCUAAAAUGUACAUACACGUUUUUACACCGUUUUACACGGAUUCUCAUAUUUUUACGACUCCGCUUUAGCGCAUACGCAAAAGAAACGGGUUUGGGGACUGGCUCACAAGUUUGAGGACCACUGUGAAACUAAAGUUAGCGUGACACUAGCCAUCCGGGCGGACCACUGUCUUCAUAAACAACACCAACAACCCUGGAGUGUGGUCGGUGGCGUAACGAGGUCGAUAUCUUGUUUUGUUAGAGAUACCCCAGAAACGGGUACUUAGUCUCUGCGUCCUCGGAGCUGCAGUUGCAUAAAGCGUCACAUUGAUAAAGCUUAUAGGUACAAGGUCAAGUGGUCUGUUGGAAAUGCUAGACAGUCAUUGGCCAUGUUAUAAUUGCGUGGGAUUGCAGGGGGUUGGUGGCCGCUGAUAGUCUCGGGUUUCCUUUGAACUGCAAGUGUUUGCUACUCAUCAAUACUGAUUGAUUUGAUAUUUAGAUCGCGCCGGUAUCCUAUUUCUCCUCUAUCUACCCGAUUAUUUGCUAUAUUCUUUUCUACCCCUCCUCCUUUUUCAAUCUCCUAUCCUCGAUGUCCACUAAAUAUCAUCAUCACUCUCUUACAUCCCCGCAACUCUUCAUAUCCCCCACUCCCUCUCUCCUAUCCUGUACAGCACAGCUCCCUUUUCUCUCCACCCUCUCUCCUAUCCUGUACAGCACAGCUCCCUUUUCUCUCCACCCUCUCUAUCCUGUACAGCACAGCUCCCUUUUCUCUCCACCCUCUCUAUCCUAUCCUGUACAGCACAGCUCCCUUUUCUCUCCACCCUCUCUCCUAUCCUGUACAGCACAGCUCCCUUUUCUCUCCACCCUCUCUAUCCUAUCCUGUACAGCACAGCUCCCUUUUCUCUCCACCAUCUCUCCUAUCCUGUACAGCACAGCUCCCUUUUCUCUCCACCCUCUCUAUCCUAUCCUGUACAGCACAGCUCCCUUUUCUCUCCACCCUCUCUAUCCUAUAUACAGUAUUUUCUCCGCUAUACUCACUCCCUCUCUCUACCUCUCUCACUGCCCCUCACUCUCUCUCAUAUAACCACCACUUUCUCUCACUCUUUCAUAUAACCAUCACUCUCUCAUAUAACCAUCACUUUCUCUCACUCUCUCAUAUAACCACCACUUUCUCUCACUCUCUCAUAUAACCAUCACUUUCUCUCACUCUCUCAUAUAACCACCACUUUCUCUCACUCUCUCAUAUAACCACCACUUUCUCUCACUCUCUCAUAUAACCACCACUUUCUCUCACUCUCUCAUAUAACCACCACUUUCUCUCACUCUCUCAUAUAACCACCACUUUCUCUCACUCUCUCAUAUAACCACCACUUUCUCUCACUCUCUCAUAUAACCACCACUUUCUCUCACUCUCUCAUAUAACCACCACUUUCUCUCACUCUCUCAUAUAACCACCACUUUCUCUCACUCUCUCAUAUAACCACCACUUUCUCUCAGGAACGUCAUUUCAGGCUUUUUUCAUUGGGGGGGGGGGGUAAAAGGGGGGGGGGCAAAACCAAUUCUUGGCCGGCUUGUUGAGUUAUCACUGGAGGCGCCACAGUACAUAUCAAUUUAAAUAAAAAAUGCACAUUCAGGACGCCCCUGUCCUACCCAAAUGACGCCUCCUGCUUGCUCCCCUAUACUCCACAUCUCUUUCCACUAUCACCAUCUCUUUCCUCUAAUCUCUCCUAAAAUGUCAAUCUUCUCUAUCCUACUAUUCACCGAUCUCGCCCUCUCCGCCUGCCCCCCGUCUCCUGUCUCUUCUGUAUUCAUCUUGUCUCUUCUGUACGUUCCUGUAAUUAUCCUUAAUGAGAUGUAUUUUAAAAAGGCGGUCAUGCCUUAUAAAGGGUAAUGACUGCUUCUAUUUUAAGAGCGUCUCCUUGUUUAUUCCCCGUCAAGUACAAUACAGAAUUCAACUAUCUUGAUUGCUUAUCAUUUGCUGGAAAAACGUAUUAUCUCAAAGAUACCCCCAAACAAAAACAUUAUCUCAAAGAUACCCCCAAACAAAAACAUAUUAUCUCAAAGAUAUCCCCAAACAAAAACAUUAUCUCAAAGAUACCCCCAAACAAAAACAUUAUCUCAAAGAUACCCCCAAACAAAAACAUACAAUUUCAUUGAUACAACCCCAAAAACAUUCUAUCUCACAGAUACUCGCAAACAAAAACAUACCAUCUGGGCGUUAGUAGGGUAGUUUAUAUAUAUAUUGGUUUGCCUUAUCGUCACUUAUUGUAUAAAUGGACGGUGGUUAACUUGUCAGAUCACGUGGUGUUUAGACCAAUUGUCGCAGUUGACUGAAGAUGAUAUCUCUUCAUAUAGAAAACGCGUUAUUGGUUGAGAGAUGCCAUUAAAAAUACAACUACCAUGAAUUACCAUCGCACAUCCAUACAAAUGACCACCCCAUCAUUUCCCAAGACCACAGCCAGUCCUUACAAAAAACCACUGCCAGUCCUUACCAAUGACCACUGCCAAUCCUUACAACUGACCACUGUCAAUCCUUACAAAUGAACACUAUCAAUACUUACAAAUGACCACUAUCAAUACUUACAACUGACCACUGCCAGUCCUUACAAAUGACCACUGCCAAUCCUUACAAACGACCACUAUCAAUACUUACAACUGACCACUACCAAUCCUUACAAAUGACCACUGCCAAUCCUUACAAAUGACCACUGCCAAUCCUUACAAAUGACCACUGCCAAUCCUCACUAAUGACCACUGCCAAUCCUUACAAAUGACCACUGCCAAUCCUUACAAAUGACCACUGCCAAUACUUACAAAUGACCACUGCCAAUCCUUACAAAUGACCACUGCCAAUCCUUACAAAUGACCACUGCCAAUCCUUACAAAUGACCACUGCCAAUACCUACAAAUGACUACUGCCAAUCCUUACAAAUGACCACUGCCAAUACGUACAAAUGACUACUGCAAAUACUUACAAAUGACCACUGCCAAUACUUACAAAGGAUCACUGCCAAUCCUUACAAAUGGCCACUGCCAAGCCCUAAAAAAGGAUCACCACCAAUCCUUACAGAUGACCACAUAACCAAAAACAUAUGUAAACAUUCGUAUACUAUAGAGCGGAGUAACACAAGAUUCUCCAAAGUUUCUCAAGCAGUGUCAAAUGUACCCCGGAGGCAACAAGGUCACGUGGUUCCAGUCAUCCUUUCAUGUGACAAGUGACCGAUGUUUCAGGUCACACAAUUUAUUGAUCAUUUUUAGAUGUACUGACGUUGGGUACAUGGCUUAUCACAAGGAGUGGGUAGGGGUUGGUAUUUAGCCUGACCGUUUCACAUUCACGGAACCUCUACCAGAGGCGUACCGAGGAUAUGUUAAAAAAAAAAAAAAAAAGAAAAAGUUGGGAGCGGGGAGCCCUCAGAAUUGGUUGGUCGCCUAAUAAAUUUUAAAUAGAUAUAAUACAAAUAAUUUAUAUUUGCUUAUUAAGUUGGUUUAUCUGUAUUGAAUCGACUAAAAUGUCCCACGCUACUCUGCUGUCUUGGUAUAGUAUAGUAUUUGGUUUAUCUUGAUUAUAUAUUUACAAAAAAAAAAAAAAGAAGAUUUCCCAAGCUUUCUACAGGCCCAAUUUUCAUAUCUAGAACUUUUUACUCAAGAAAUUUGUUCUGAACAUAAAUUUGGUAGAGCGGAAUUUUGUCCUAAAUUUAAAUUUGUAAAACAGAUAUUAUUUAUUAUUAUUGUUCCAAAUAAAUGUGUUUUUUCUAGGGGAAGUGUGAGUGAGAUAUGGGGACAAAUAAACUUGUUCUUGAAAUUGAUCUUUGGUGGGGUUUUUCCCCCUAUUAUUUCAUCUCGAAGCACAUAACAGUUAAAAAACAACAACUCCAGUUGAACAAAUUUCUUUCUCACAAAUUUCAGGUAAUCCAAAAUGUUGGUUCUUGCCGUGGGCGCCCGUAAGUCCUUGUAGGCAUCUGCCUUUCCACAGGCACGCAUAACUACUGGGAAAGAUAAGUGAGCUGUAGCAGAAUUGUGAUUUGAAUGAAGUAAAAACCCUUCCUUCAGUUACGAAUGAUAAUUUCAGACUGAUUCCAUAAAGAGUUCUAAUUAUAGUUGACCGUUUUUAAACAAAGACGUUUGGAUUGAAAACUUCAAUAACGCCAUUAUCUGUUCUGAGUUUGUGUUGCUUCACCUUACCAGUCCGCCACUUGCUUCUUGUUACCUGAUUGCGGUGCCAAUUUUGAUUUCAAUUUUUGGUUUUAUGGCACAUGUUUUCGGCAAUAACAAUAACACCCAUAACAACCCCACCCCCCUUUUUUUUUUUAAUUAGAAAAAAAAAAUUCUUAAAAAAAUUUUUUUUUUUGACAAACGGGAAAAAAGUUAAACCUUUGUACUAAAUUGUACAGGCCCCAGUUUUUGUUGUUGUAAAAUGGUAUCGGGGGUAGGGGCGUGCAUCCACCUCUGCUCCUCCACGGGCCACGUUACAGGCCUGAGACUUCUGUCGAUCGUGUGACUUAUUGGACCAGUUUGAGAAGCCUCGCUGCCGAUAGUCUUAAAAUAACUAUUUAAAGUCCAUCACCCGAUAACAUCAAAGACUGGCUGCUUACGUCACCCAGUUGGACCUUGAACUCUUUAAAAAAAAAAUGGUUUAUAAAAAAAAAAGUUGGUAUGAAGGUGUUCAUAUAAACAGACACCAGUUGUGAAUGGAUCACAUGUUGGGCUUGUCAUUAUCCGAAGAUAGACACAUCCGUAUACCGCCUACCGGAUAUAAGCCACACAAAGGUCGACCAAACGAUGGUGUGGUAUUCACACGUUGAAGUACUCUGGCGGUAGGUAAGUAUUGGUAGUACAGUGAGUAGUGCAUUGUGAUUGGUUCAUGUCUACACAUGUCUAUAGAGGGUUGAAAGAGAGCCACAAUUGGGGUCGACUUUAGGGUCAUGGACUUAUCAGAACUUAUCAUUUGAUCCUAUACCAUCACUUCAUCAGGACUUAUCAUUUGUUACUAUACCGUCAAUUCAUCAGGACUUAUUAUUUGCUCCUAUACCAUCAAUUCAUCAGCACUUAUCAUUUUUUCCUAUACCAUCAAUUCAGAGAAAUUAUCAUUUGAUCCUAUACCAUCAAUUCAUCAGAACUUAUCAUUUGAUCCUAUACCAUCAAUUCAUCAGGACUUAUCAUUUGUUCAUAUACCAUCAAGAAAUUUUUAGGAUAUCCUCGACGAGCAUACCGGGAAAAAAUGAUCAAAAUUAAAUGUGGUAAUUUAUAUUUAUAAAGGGAAAAAACGAGUGAGGAAUGGGGAAAAUGCAAAGUUUUUAAGCUAAAAUUUAUGUUUGUUAGUUUUUUUCCCCUUCAACAAAUUUCUUUUUGAUCACACUUCCUUUCAACAGUUUUCCUUGGAACAAAUUUCUUUUUGAUCACACUUCCUUUCAACAGUUUUCCUUGGAACAAAUUUCUUUUUGAUCACACUUCCUUUCAACAGUUUUCCUUGGAACAAAUUUCUUUUUGAUCACACUUCCUUUCAACAGUUUUCCUUGGAACAAAUUUUUUUUUGAUCACACUUCCUUUCAACAGUUUUCCUUGGAACAAAUUUCUUAAAUUUCUUUCGCACAAAUUUCUGGUAAAAUUUUUAUCAGCGGCGUUGGCGCCCGGUAUGUCGCACCUUCCUUGGGUCGCCCGGUAUGUCGCACCUUCCUAGGGUCGCCCGGUAUGUCGCACCUUCCUAGGGUCGCCCGGUAUGUCGCACCUUCCUAGGGUCGCCCGGUAUGUCGCACCUUCCUAGGGUCGCCCGGUAUGUCGCACCUUCCUAGGGCCGCCCGGUAUGUCGCACCUUCCUAGGGUCGCCCGGUAUGUCGCACCUUCCUAGGGUCGGCCGGUAUGUCGCACCUUCCUAGGGUCGCCCGAUAUGUCGCACCUUCCUAGGGUCGGCCGGUAUGUCGCACCUUCCUAGGGUCGCCCCACGUACAUUGUAAAAUGUAUACUUUGGGUAAAGCCAAAUGUUUCCUUGUACCAUUAUGCCAUGAUGUUGUCUUCUUUCCUCAAGGCGUGAAGACAAAUGUUGUAGAGCAAAGCAUGGCGUUAAAAAAACCUGGACGUUUUCUAUGCAACUAUCGUUGGGACGUGAUGAACCGAAAAUGUUCCAUUUUUGUCCCCAAAAUGGGCGUAAAUUUAUGUUAAACGCUCCUGUCCUGCCAUGUUUAGUUUUAAUUUAUCUAAAAUAGUAAACGAUGUCUUGUUUUAAAGCAUUAAAAUGUGUUACAAACGUGUUGUAACACUAGAUAGUUACAAACAUCAUUGCAGUCCUUCCUGCAGCCGGUGACACCACGGGGAGUCCCGUUUGAUAUUGUCACCGUUGAAUCUUUUGGGCAGCCCUGUGGUAGAUAUGUUUUUUUUUUUUUUAAAAGGAGGGUGGGGGAUAUUAUCUUUACUAAACCCCGGAUCUCUAAAACAAAACUGAAGAGGGUGGUUUAUUUUCAUUAAAGAGGUUUUGGUGUUCUGGCCAAGGGGGAAAGAAGAACAUAUGUAAUAUUUAAUAUGGAGCAUUGUUUGUAACACAUGUCCGGUUGAUUCGUUCAGACCAUCAAGUGCGAGCGAAAAAUAAAAUAUAUCCGGCCCAAUCGAAAAGAAUAAAACAUGCAUAGUAAUUAAAUACAAAGUCAAAUAUGUGUGUGAACGACAGUUGGACAUUGACUUUACCUUGACCUAUAUGACUUUAGCACGACCUUAGCUCUAAAGUGUCGGAUGAGUUCUGAGGUCAGUACAUAUUGUUUCAAUAAAUGCACUAUAGUAAGUUAAAAUCGCAACAGCCGUGCGAUGGCAGCUGACUGUUCGCACACACUUUAAGCCGAGUCAGCAAAUCAUUCAUCACGGUGCUUACUUUAAGGAAACACAUAUUCUAAUAGGCUCAUUUGUUAGUAGGUCACGUGACGUGGGGUGGGGGGGGGGCGAGAGUAUGUUUUGAAUCUCGUUAAUGGUAUAUUGACUGACGUUUCUUGUUGAUAGUAUGUGAUGGCUGCAGUGGCGGAGAAAAAAGGCGGAGACAAAAGAGGGGAAUCUGAAGGUAGGGACGUUACUUUGAUUGCCGGAAGGGCCGUGCGAAAAUAAAUAGUGGGGGGGGGGGUCAAAGAGUGCAAACGCCCAGUCAGAGUCCUGGAGAUAAUACGUGUUUGCCCCCCCCCCAACCAUCCCAUUUGUUUUAGUGGUAGGUAGCAGUGUCUUCCGUGAGGCUGUUUACUCCGUCUGUGGUAGUUUCUCACGUUGUAGGUAGCAGUGUCUUCAGUGAGGCUGUUUACUCCGUCUGUGGUAGUUUCUCACGUUGUAGGUAGCAGUGUCUUCAGUGAGGCUGUUUACUCCGUCUGUGGUAGUUUCUCACGUUGUAGGUAGUAGUGUCUUCAGUGAGGCUGUUUACUCCGUCUGUGGUAGUUUCUCACGUUGUAGGUAGCAGUGUCUUCAGUGAGGCUGUUUACUCCGUCUGUGGUAGUUUCUCACGUUGUAGGUAGCAGUGUCUUCAGUGAGGCUGUUUACUCCGUCUGUGGUAGUUUCUCACGUUGUAGGUAGUAGUGUCUUCAGUGAGGCUGUUUACUCCGUCUGUGGUAGUUUCUCACGUUGUAGGUAGCAGUGUCUUCAGUGAGGCUGUUUACUCCGUCUGUGGUAGUUUCUCACGUUGUAGGUAGCAGUGUCUUCAGUGAGGCUGUUUACUCCGUCUAUGGUAGUUUCUCACGUUGUAGGUAGCAGUGUCUUCCGUGAGGCUGUUUACUCCGUCUGUGGUAGUUUCUCACGUUGUAGGUAGCAGUGUCUUCAGAGAGGCUGUUUACUCCGUCUGUGGUAGCUUCUCACCCACGUCUUAUUUCAACAUGUAACGAAUGUGAGUCACUGCACAAACAAUGGUCUCCUUCUUAAAGAAUAUGGAACAAAUCAAGUGACAUGAUGACGGUGGGGUUGGUCCAAUCCAAUUCGACUUGAUUAUGGUUUUCAGGGUUGGGGGUCAAGGCCGUGCAGAAGAAUUCUGGCCCCCCCCCCACAGUUUUCCAAAUAAUUCUAUGAAAACCCCUGCCCAUGGGCCCCGUAUGAUUUGCCUCGGCUUCUGCACGGCGCUGGGACAUAAGGGUGUUAGUAUAGGUCGGGUGGUCAUUGAUUGAUAGCACCCUUUCAAUAGGAAUGGAGUGGCCAGCAGACAACGAGGCCAGGAAAGUCACCAUGGCCUCGUGAAGUAGACCAUAUUCUAAUCAGGUUGUUAGCGGUGGAAGUGAAGGUUGUUAGCGGUGGAAGUGAAGGUUGUUGGCGGUGGGAGUGAAGGUUGUUGGCGGUGGAAGUGAAGGUUGUUGGCGGUGGGAGUGAAGGUUGUUGGCGGUGGAAGUGAAGGUUGUUGGCGGUGGGAGUGAAGGUUGUUGGCGGUGGAAGUGAAGGUUGUUGGCGGUGGGAGUGAAGGUUGUUGGCGGUGGAAGUGAAGGUUGUUGGCGGUGGAAGUGAAGGUUGUUGGCGGUGGAAGUGAAGGUUGUUGGCGGUGGAAGUGGAGGUUGUUGGCGGUGGAAGUGGAGGUUGUUGGGGGUGGAAGUGGAGGUUGUGGCGGUGGAAGGGAAGGUUGUUGGCGGUGGGAGUGAAGGUUGUUGGCGGUGGGAGUGAAGGUUGUUGGCGGUGGGAGUGAAGGUUGUUGGCGGUGGAAGUGGAGGUCGUUGGCGGUGGAAGUGGAGGUCGUAGGCGGUGGAAUUGAAGGUUGUUGGCGGUGGAAGUGAAGGCUGCUGGCGGUGGAAGAGAAGGCUGUUGGCGGUGGAAGUGAAGGUUGUUGGCGGUUGAAGUGAAGGUUGUUACUUAGUCCAUGCUUUCAAGUGAGACCGAUGGUAUUAUUAAAACUACUGACAUAGUAUGUGACUUAAUGUAAUGAAUCGCACCAGACUUAUUGUGUGACGAGGUGAAUUUUGUAACCUUUGAGCCAUAGAAGAUGUAAAUGUUCAUACCAUCGCCCUUCCUCUUAGUCCACGGCUUGCACACUCGAGUGGAAUGUACGAAUCAGAGCAUGGCAAACUCAGUGCUGAAAAUAAACAUUUAAAAGGAAUGGAAAAAUAUUUUCCAUUAACCAACUGUCUUUCAUCAUUGCUUUGCUGCCAACGUCAGGGUUACCUGAAUGUGCUUCGGUGGAUUGUUCUUUGUUAGACUUCAUAACGUGGUUUUAAUUGUCAUGAUUUAACCUUGGUUCGCUUGAACCUGCUGAGUUAGACCCCAAGUCGGAAAAUGCAUGGUUUUAAGGGGUUGUUUUAAACUUUUGCUGUUAUCUCAAAAAUGUUGGCUGUUAGGAAGAGUCACAGGCUUGUGUUCGAUUUGAAGUGACCACCUCGUUAUACGGUAGUCGAUUGAGUGCUUCUCUCUUCAUAUAAGCAGAUGAACGCUAAGUGGGUCAAGUAUAACGGCUUUUCUGUGAUGGUUUUAUGGGCGGAUCGUUAAAUGGCAGUUUGCAACUCACUCUAAGCACCCCGUGUGGACGGCGGCACAUGGCGUGUAAAAGUGAAUGUUGCCCUGAUAAAAUGGGCCGCAUCACGUGUCCAUCGAUUUCUUGUUGGCUGUGUAGCAGAUGUGGAAUGAAGACAGUAGCUCCGUAUCUAUGCUCUUGUACCACAAGUGACCAUUAGACACACACGUGCCAAUGACACACACCUUAAGUCCAUGCAUGACGUUGAAUAGCCCGUCACCCAAUGCAGACGUGCCAUUCAUUCGUGACACACGCACUAGACAUGUACAACACAUGCACUACACACGCACUACUUUUUGUUCUCUGCCCAGAUUUCGUUUAAGCACGAGACUUUCACCGUGCCAAUAAAUCAUGAUCAUUUAAUACCCACUAUCCGGUCUAUCCAGUAACAUAUUUAUCGAGCGGGCACAGGUCACGCGGCGGGCGCGGGUCACACGGCGGGCACAGGUCACACGGUGGGCACAGGUCACGCGGCGGGCACAGGUCACGCGGCGGGCACAGGUCACACGUCGGUCGCAGGUCAUGCAGGGCUUCUCACAACCUAAAAUACAUCUCCCAACCUACUACACAAUCUCCCUACCUACAACAUAUCUCCCAAUUUAAGAUAGAUGCCCCUAGCUGUCCUUUGAAUUCCUUUAUGAGCAAUGCCAGCCGCAUUAUUCUGUGCUCUUUGAAUUUUAUUCCUUUAUGAGCAGAUGAAUAUAUUUGAUGGUAUUUGUUUUAACGUGUCCUGGUACUCUUAUCUGAUCUACUCUAAUGAACAUGACCAGAACCCUACAUUUGAGACAAUGGGCUGUGGGGGUGUUCAGUUUAGAGUAGUGGUCCACACCAAGUCCACCCAAUCAACCUCACUGAUUUGUAUGUGUUGUAAUUACCUUAGUUUACCAAGAAUAAGAAGACAGAAGACCAAACUGUCGUAAAGGAUGAAUGUAAUUUGGUGUGUGGAUUGAGUCUGCUCAAACAGUGCGGUACCCGGGUGUCUACCUAGAUAGAACACUAACUUUGGAAAAUCACAUUAACAUGCUUUGCAAGGCGAUUUUUCUAGAGCUGAACAGGAUUAGUCAUAUCAGAUCUUUCUUAACGUUCCAUGCAUCAAAGAGGCUGAUGUCUGCAUUCGUGGUAUCAUGCAUGGACUACUGCAAUGCUCUCAUUGUGAGUCUUCCAGCUACGCUCCUGGAUAAAAUUCAAAGAGCACAGAAUAAUGCGGCUGGCAUUGUUAUUCACAAAACGCUAAUUCGACCUUGCUAAAACUCUUCUGAGAGAGCUGCAGGGGCUGCCGGUCCGCGCUCGCAUACAGUACAAAAUUGCAACUCUGUGCUACCGCUGCUUACACGACCUGGCGCCGUCCUAUCUCAAAGCACUCAUGACGCCUUAUGUACCCAAACGACAGCUCCACACAUCCGAUUGUGGCAAUAUCGAUACCGCGUGAUCGCCUUGAGACUUACGGAAAGCGCACUUUGGCAUUUGAUUGCCGCACAAUUUGGAACGCCCUUCCUGUCGCUUUCAGAAACAGCCAGACACUGGAGUCCUUUAAAACCGAUUUAAAAACACAUCUAUUUCGCAAACACCUUCUGGGGUGAUGUUGUCUACCAUCUUUUUUCCAGUUAAUGUAUAUUGGCUUGUGUUGCUUUUGGUUAAAAGGGUUAAAAGACUUUGACUUGGUAUGCUCGUGUGUAGUUUUUAUAUUGUUGCGUUUGCUUUUAAAUGUGGUAAAUUAUAGAUUGUUUUUAUUUCUCUCUCUCUUUUUUUAAAAUAUGGUUGACUUUGUACCGCGCUUCGAGCUUUUGGGGAUGAAGCGUGUUUUCAAAUAAACUUUAUUAUUAUUAUUAUAGUAAUUAUAUAAUGAGAAGAAAAACGUUGUUUUGUGUCUAAAUGCUAUAGACAAAGACAGUGUCCGUAUUCCUUUAAAAUAAUGGUCUUCAGCAAAACAAAAAACACAAAAAAACAUGAAAAAUUCUAAAACAGGCCUACUGCUAAGUAGACCUGAGCACAUUUCAUGAAGUAGCCAUCUCAGUUACAUGGUCUACUAUCGCCUUGUGCAGUAUAAAAAUAGAAGGCCAUACAUGUUCUACCAUUAUCUUAUAGGGCAUACAAAUAGAAGGCCAUACAUGUUCUACCAUCAUCUUAUAGGGCAUACAAAUAGAAGGCCAUACAUGUUCUACCAUCAUCUUAUAGGGCAUACAAAUAGAAGGCCAUACAUGUUCUACCAUUAUCUUAUACAGUAUAGAAAUAGAAGGCUACCCAAUCAUUAGAGUCCGUCAUGAUUUGUGGUAUUCUCAAAGAAAAUAUUGCCAAAUAAAUCAAUCAAAUGCUAGGCCCGUAUAAUAUUACUAUGUAAAACAUCAAAUGCUAGGCCCAUAUAAUAUUACUAUGUAAAACAUCAAAUGCUAGGCCCAUAUAAUAUUACUAUGUAAAACAUCAAAUGCUAGGCCCAUAUAAUAUUACUAUGGAAAACAUCAAAUGGUUGGGCCCAGAUAAUAUUACUAUGGAAAACAUCAAAUGGUUGGCCCAGAAAAUAUUACUAUGGAAAACAUCAAGACUGGACAAAGCCUUUAAAAAAAUUAUUAACAAUGAAAAAAAAAAUCUACUCACCACUCAUUGUCUACAUUUUUAGCUUACAAAUCUACUAGAUGUGAUAAUCUUUCUAAUAUAAAAUCUGUGUACUAAUUAAAUUAAAUAAAGUUUGCAAAGACAAGACACAAUUAUUGUACUAUUCAAUUUUGGUGACCUAGGAUUUUUCAUAUUGAUUAAUCAAUAGUCCAGUUAAAUAGUCUUCAAUGGGUCAAAAUAUAAAAAUUAAAUUUUUUUUUAACGCUGAAAUUCUUAAGAUAAAUGAAAUAUUCUAAAACAAAUUAUAUCUUUUAUUUCUGUUAGAGAUACUUUGGUUUUAUAUACAGUUUACGUCCAUAAUCAUGUUUAGAAAUGGCAGAUAUUAAGUAAACUUCAUGUUUAUCCUACUUUUCCAUUUUUUCUUCCAUUCUGAAGUAAAUCUACCAAACAGACAAGUGUGUGAUCCCAGCUGUGUUUGUUGUCACCUGUGACAGUGAGAGACACAUCUAGAAAUGUUACGUUUACAGGCCCGUGUCGGCAGCCUUCAUCAUGUGGCUGCCACGUCCAUGGCCCGAGCCACCACUGCCACUUCCAUCCAUGGUGGCAGUUUGUCAAAAACAUUGCCAGACAUUCGGACGCAGUCGACACAAGCCAAAUCAGAGAUUAAACCCAUCAAAAAGCUUAUGGUUGCCAACAGGGGUAGGUAGUUAUUCUAAAGAGAAAUAAGGGAUGUGUAGUUAUUCUAGAGAGAAUAAGGGAUGUGUAGUUAUUCUAAAGAGAAAUAAGGGAUGUGUAGUUAUUCUAGAGAGAAAUAAGGGAUGUGUAGUUAUUCUAAAGAGAAAUAAGGGAUGUGUAGUUAUUCUAAAGAGAAAUAAGGGAUGUGUAGUUAUUCUAAAGAGAAUAAGGGAUGUGUAGUUAUUCUAGAGAGAAAUAAGGGAUGUGUAGUUAUUCUAAAGAGAAAUAAGGGAUGUGUAGUUAUUCUAAAGAGAAUAAGGGAUGUGUAGUUAUUCUAAAGAGAAAUAAGGGAUGUGUAGUUAUUCUAAAGAGAAAUAAGGGAUGUGUAGUUAUUCUAAAGAGAAAUAAGGGAUGUGUAGUUAUUCUAAAGAGAAAUAAGGGAUGUGUAGUUAUUCUAAAGAGAAAUAAGUGAUGUGUAGUUAUUCUAAAGAGAAAUAAGGGAUGUGUAGUUAUUCUAAAGAGAAAUAAGGGAUGUGUAGUUAUUCUAAAGAGAAUAAGGGAUGUGUAGUUAUUCUAAAGAGAAUAAGGGAUGUGUAGUUAUUCUAAAGAGAAUAAGGGAUGUGUAGUUAUUCUAAAGAGAAAUAAGGGAUGUGUAGUUAUUCUAAAGAGAAUAAGGGAUGUGUAGUUAUUCUAAAGAGAAUAAGGGAUGUGUAGUUAUUCUAAAGAGAAUAAGGGAUGUGUAGUUAUUCUAGAGAGAAAUAAGGGAUGUGUAGUUAUUCUAAAGAGAAUAAGGGAUGUGUAGUUAUUCUAAAGAGAAAUAAGGGAUGUGUAGUUAUUCUAAAGAGAAAUAAGGGAUGUGUAGUUAUUCUAAAGAGAAUAAGGGAUGUGUAGUUAUUCUAAAGAGAAUAAGGGAUGUGUAGUUAUUCUAAAGAGAAAUAAGGGAUGUGUAGUUAUUCUAAAGAGAAAUAAGGGAUGUGUAGUUAUUCUAAAGAGAAAUAAGGGAUGUAUAGUUAUUCUAAAGAGAAUAAGGGAUGUGUAGUUAUUCUAGAGAGAAAUAAGGGAUGUGUAGUUAUUCUAAAGAGAAAUAAGGGAUGUGUAGUUAUUCUAAAGAGAAUAAGGGAUGUGUAGUUAUUCUAAAGAGAAAUAAGGGAUGUGUAGUUAUUCUAAAGAGAAAUAAGGGAUGUGUAGUUAUUCUAAAGAGAAAUAAGGGAUGUGUAGUUAUUCUAAAGAGAAUAAGGGAUGUGUAGUUAUUCUAAAGAGAAUAAGGGAUGUGUAGUUAUUCUAAAGAGAAAUAAGGCAUGUGUAGUUAUUCUAAAGAGAAUAAGGGAUGUGUAGUUAUUCUAAAGAGAAAUAAGGGAUGUGUAGUUAUUCUAAAGAGAAAUAAGGGAUGUGUAGUUAUUCUAAAGAGAAUAAGGGAUGUGUAGUUAUUCUAAAGAGAAUAAGGGAUGUGUAGUUAUUCUAAAGAGAAUAAGGGAUGUGUAGUUAUUCUAGAGAGAAUAAGGGAUGUGUAGUUAUUCUAAAGAGAAUAAGGGAUGUGUAGUUAUUCUAGAGAGAAUAAGGGAUGUGUAGUUAUUCUAAAGAGAAUAAGGGAUGUGUAGUUAUUCUAGAGAGAAUAAGGGAUGUGUAGUUAUUCUAGAGAGAAUAAGGGAUGUGUAGUUAUUCUAGAGAGAAGUAAGGGUUGUGAAGUUAUUCUAGAGAGAAGUAAAUGUUGUGAAGUUAUUCUAGAGAGAAGUAAAGGUUGUGAAUUUAUUCUAGAGAGAAGUAAAUGUUGUGAAGUUAUUCUAGAGAGAAGUAAAGGUUGUGCAGUUAUUCUAGAGUAGGCCUGCACAGCUCAAAAUGUAAGGUGGGUCGUCAUACUUUUUGAAAAACUUGUGCGAGCCAAACGAUAAUAAGAUGGACAAAAGCUAUUAAGAAAAUAAUGAUCAGUGGGCCGUAUGUUGUGCAGGCCUGUUCUAGAGAGAAGUCAGGGGUAUGUAGUUAUUCUAAAGAGAUAUGAGGGUUGUGAAGUCAUUCUGGAGAGAAGUAACGGUUAUGUUAUUAUAGUAAAGAGAUCUAAGAGGUGAAUAGUUAUCCUAGAGACAAGUCAGGGGUAGUUACACUAGAGACAGCAGACAGGGGUAUAAAUUCAGCAGUGCUGAAAAUGUCCCUUUGCCAAGUGGGUUCAGACACACUCUAGCAUGCAAUAAGGGACUUAAAGGAUCCAUGAGGAAAAGAAAUGAAUACCUCACUUUAUUUCAAUCUUAUAAUACGGUCUGUUACCCAUGGCUUUCAUCUGGGCCUUUUAUUUCUAAACUUAAUUUAAAAUGAGACUUUGCAAGGGACAUUGGUGACAUAUUAGAGUUCCAAACUAAGGUUAGGGGGCUGAGAAUUUGAAAUGUCUGAUUUGGACAUUUUUUGGUCACUAAAAAAAUUUCAAAUCGAAAAACUGAUAAAAUUUUUUAACAUUAAUUUCAUUUUAACUUCAAAUCCUACUUGGAAUCACAUAACAGAGGUAGAAUUGUUGACCCUAAGUUGAAGUCAAAUAUUUCCUCAGCCUUGGCACUAUUUAAUAGUACUCACCUUUAUGCCCCAAGCUUUAAAGACAAGCCUUAUGCUUAAACCUAAGGCAUAUAUGUCAGCUGCUUUAAAUAAUACUAUAUAAGAUUCAUUUGUUUAAAUUAGUGUAGGUUGUCUUCACAUAUUCAAGGUUGCAUUAUAAUAUAUAUUUUCUUCUGUGUGUGUCAAUUUAACCAGGUGAAAUUGCCAUCCGUGUGUUUCGUGCCUGCACGGAAAUGGACAUUAAAACUGUGGCAAUCUACUCUGAACAAGAUGUCAAUCAGAUGCACAGACAGAAGUCCGAUGAGUCAUACCUGAUCGGGAAAGGGCUUCCCCCAGUAGCAGCAUACCUCAAUAUACCUGAGAUUAUCCACAUAGCACAGGUGAGUGGAUGGCUGAUCCUUUAUCCGAGCCGUAGUUCAUCCAUUUACCCAGCAGAUGUUGAUUGUGCGCUUCUCUUUGAAAAGACAGCACAACCUUCAAAUUGGUUCUCUAGUUAUUUAUUUUAGUUGUUUUUAUUGCAUUUUAAAAGUAAAAGGGAAUGAACUUAAACAAUUUAAUGCUGAUAAAUUUAAAAAAUUUUUUUUUUUAUAGAAAAUGGUUUCUAAGAUCUUGUUUGUUUAUUGUUUUUAAAAAAUUGUUUUUGUUUCUUUGUCUUUGUUUAUUGUUUUUAUUUAAGCCUUCAGUGCGAGAUUCAAGAACACUUACCUUUUGUAGUGACAUUCAAUAUUUGCACCCUUGACAUCCUGGCAACUGUAAAUCAAUCAAAUUUAUUUUGAAUCUACAGGAAAAUGAUGUGGAUGCUAUCCAUCCAGGUUACGGUUUCUUGUCGGAGAGAUCGGACUUUGCCAAGGCCUGUGUGGAUGCAGGGAUAAAAUUCAUUGGUCCUUCCCCUGAAGUAGUUCAAAGAAUGGGAGAUAAGGUAGAGGCAAGGAAAGCUGCCUCAGAUGCAGGUAAUGUCCCUUGUUGUGGUCCGCAAGUAAACACAUUUUUGAGCUAACGUUUUUUUUUGUGGGUUGGGGUCAUUGACCUUCUUCCUCAGACUUUCAGGUAUAAAAUAUACCAUUUUCUGGGUGGGUUAGAUUUUAUGACAAAAGAGGGUUGUUCAAAAAAUAUAUGUCCAAGCCCACUGCCUAUCUCAGCUGUUUGCAACGCCAUAAAAGGCUGUCAGGUGUGUCACAACAUUCAAAGUCAUCAAAAUGAUGUUGGAUGCUGGUAAAGUGGUUAUUCUAAGGAGAGUUCAAAACAUUCCAUCCAUGGUAACUGUAUUGUGGAAAAGAGCAAGGAUAAUUGUAUUUUAUAUCAUAAUUUCAUCUUUAUGCCAAGGUGUGUUAUUUGCUCGUCUUAUAUAUUUGUAUCUAUAUCAGACCUGUUUACUCUCAAACUCUUAAAAUCGUACAAUAUCAUCACAAAAUCGUUCAAUACAUUAUCUUAAUAGUAAAAAAAUAAACAUACAGUAUAUAUAAUGUAUACACCUCAAAAUCAUACAUUGUACACCAAAAUCGUAAGAGUAAACAGGUCUGCUAUACAUGUCAUCAUAAUUUUGAGGUGUGUCUUUUGCCUAUAAUAUAACAUAGUAAUGUCUACUUCCCAGGUGUCCGUGUUGUGCCAGGCACCCCAGGGCCUGUUGAGUCUGCUGAGGCUGCCUUGGAAUUCUGUAAACAACAUGGGCUGCCAGUUAUCUUUAAGGCAGCGUAUGGUGGAGGGGGAAGAGGAAUGAGAGUGGUCAGGAAUUUGCAAGUAAGAACUCAUCUCCCAAAACUUUAGCCCUACUGGUUACGCUGCAACUGCAGAUAUGAGCCCAAAAUUUCAAAAAUGAAUAAAUGGAAAGUGUACAUCCAGGUUUUGUCACCAAAAUCCACUACGGAUAUUAAGUGUAUUUUAAUUAAGUAAAACAGCCUAAAGAGACAUCGAAUUUUAUAUGUGGGGAAAAAAAAACAUCGGAUAGUUAACUAAAAGUAGCAGUACCAUAGAGAAAUGUCAGCACCGGGCCUGUCUUGACAUCCCUACCAUAGAGAAAUGUCAGCACCAGGCCUGUCUUGACAUCCCUACCAUAGAGAAAUGUCAGCACCGGGCCUGUCUUGACAUCCCUACCAUAGAGAAAUGUCAGCACCAGGCCUGUCUUGACAUCCCUACCAUAGAGAAAUGUCAGCACCGGGCCUGUCUUGACAUCCCUACCAUAGAGAAAUGUCAGCACCAGGCCUGUCUUGACAUCCCUACCAUAGAGAAAUGUCAGCACCGGGCCUGUCUUGACAUCCCUACCAUAGAGAAAUGUCAGCACCAGGCCUGUCUUGACAUCCCUACCAUAGAGAAAUGUCAGCACCGGGCCUGUCUUGACAUCCCUACCAUAGAGAAAUGUCAGCACCAGGCCUGUCUUGACAUCCCUACCAUAGAGAAAUGUCAGCACCGGGCCUGUCUUGACAUCCCUACCAUAGAGAAAUGUCAGCACCGGGCCUGUCUUGACAUCCCUACCAUAGAGAAAUUUCAGCACCGGGCCUGUCUUGACAUCCCUACCAUAGAGAAAUGUCAGCACGGGGCCUGUCUUGACAUCCCUACCAUAGAGAAAUGUCAGCACCGGGCCUGUCUUGACAUCCCUACCAUAGAGAAAUGUCAGCACCGGGCCUGUCUUGACAUCCCUACCAUAGAGAAAUGUCAGCACCGGGCCUGUCUUGACAUCCCUACCAUAGAGAAAUGUCAGCACCGGGCCUGUCUUGACAUCCUUAAAAACAUUGAUCCAGAUUGAAUGGUAAUUUUUUUUAAAUGUCCAUUGACAGGAUGUAACUGAGAAUUUUAACAGAGCCUACUCAGAGGCACUUUCAGCUUUUGGGAAUGGUGCUCUUUUCUUGGAGAAGUUCAUUGAAAGGCCUCGUCACAUUGAAGUGCAGAUUUUAGGUUCGUAGCUACGGUGAACCUUUAUCACAUAACGUUAAGUAAUUUUUGUAAACAGAAUCAAUGAAAUAUUAUUAUCUCUUAACGAUCUGAGACGAAAUGAAAUAUUAUUAUCUCUAAACUAUCUCAGACAAAAUAAAAUAUCAUAUCUAAACUGUCUUCAAAAGUUUUAACAUGACAAGUUAAUAAGCAAGUAAAGAUCAGUCAGUGGGUCCUGUAGUACUGUCUGCUGGUGAUCUACCUGAAACUUACAACACAAACUAACAGUCCCGUAGUACUGUCUGCUGGUGAUCUACCUGAAACUUACAACACAAAUUAUUGAUGACUUUUAAAGCAUGGAUUGGUUCAAUUUUGUUGUUGAAAAGCAAAAUAAACCUUUUAUUAAAAAACUUAUCUGAUAUGAACAAUUAAUUUUUUAAGUAAGGCCACACAUCUUAAAUUUGUAAGUAAGCGCCUCUUGUUGGUAAUGCUUUGGAAUUUUUAUAGGUGAAAAUCGGUUAUAAAAAAAUAAUUCCAGGUGACAGGGUCGGCAAUGUCAUCCAUCUUUAUGAACGAGACUGCUCCGUACAACGUCGCCAUCAAAAAGUUGUUGAGAUAGCUCCGGCACCACACCUGGAUGAAACACUUAGAAACAAAAUGAACAGUGAUGCCGUCAAACUGGCCCAGUUUGUGGGCUACGAGAAUGCCGGGACCACAGAGUUUUUGCUCGACAAGAAUGGAGAGUACUACUUCAUAGAGGUCAAUGCCAGGCUGCAAGUGGAACACACUGUAACAGAACAAGUCACUGGGUGAGAUUGUUUUUUUAUGACUUCUGUUGACUUGAAAAGAAAAGUAAAUGUUGACAUGUCCAUUAUGUGCAAGGAAGAUCGAAUCUUCAAAUGUUCAAAUAGUCAAUUACUUGUAAGUAAUAUAAGAUAACAUUAUUGGAAUUUCAUGGGAAAAGGGAGCAAUAUCUAAAGACUGGAGAGAGGGACAUCUUGUAGGGCUCCAAGAGAAAGGUCAUCUAAUAGAUUGUUCCAACUAUAGAGACAUCAUACUGUCAUGUACAAUUAAUAAUUGCAAACAGAAUUGCUUAUAAAGGAUUUAUAAGAAAAACGUUGUUUUUAUGGGUUGUUUAAUUGCUGUUUGGUGAUACAGUUGGCAUCUGGGGCAACUUAUCUCCACUUGGUUCUGUUCACUUGAACGUAAAGGUUUAUUUUAGUUUUCAUGUUUGCAAAUCAAUUUCAGUGAAAACUGGACUUAUAAAUCUCAUGAAUAAAAAGAUUAUUUUUGUUGUUGUUGUUCUAACAACUGUUUAAUUCCAAUCGUCCUCCAGAGUUGACCUUGUCCAGUCACAGAUAAGAAUAGCUGAAGGCUAUACUCUUCCUGAACUGAAUCUCACCCAGGACAGGAUCCAUCUCAGUGGAUGUGCCAUUCAGUGCAGGAUGACCACUGAAGACCCAGCCCGCAGCUUCCAGCCGGACACAGGAAGAAUCGAAGUACUUUUAUGCUUUUAAACAUGUUUAAAAGAAAAUGAGGGGGUGGGGGGGGGUGGGGGGGCGCACUUCUUUCAAAAAAGUUAUUUUAAAAUACAGUAUAAAACUCUGAAAUUUAUCUUCAUCGAAAGGCUACGGAAGUGAAUUAUAAUUCCAAGUUUGGUCAAUAAAAAAAGGCAAAACUUUUAUUAUCCCAGCUAAAAGCAUAAUGUACAAGUUUUUACCUUAAUACAACAAAAGUGGAUGUAAUGCAAUCCCGCCUACGGGUUAAUACCUUUUUCCUUGAAAUCAAUUCUUACCUUGAAAUUUGUUGCAGGUCACUUGAAUUAUCCUUAAGCUAGCAUCAAUGAUGUAUUUAACAAUAAAGCUAAUAGUAGCGUCAAUGAUGUAUUUAACAAUAAAACUAAUAGUAGCGUCAAUGAUGUACUUAACAAUAAAACUAAUAGUAGCGUCAAUGAUGUUACUUAACAAUAAAACUAAUAGUAGCAUCAAUGAUGUACUUAACAAUAAAACUAAUAGUAGCAUCAAUGAUGUGCUUAACAAUAAAACUAAUAGUAGCAUCAAUGAUGUUACUUAACAAUAAAACUAAUAGUAGCGUCAAUGAUGUACUUAACAAUAAAACUAAUAGUAGCGUCAAUGAUGUACUUAACAAUAAAACUAAUAGUAGCGUCAAUGAUGUACUUAACAAUAAAACUAAUAGUAGCGUCAAUGAUAUAUUUAACAAUAAAACUAAUAGUAGCGUCAAUGAUGUAUUUAACAAUAAAACUAAUAGUAGCGUCAAUGAUGUACUUAACAAUAAAACUAAUAGUAGCGUCAAUGAUGUAUUUAACAAUAAAACUAAUAGUAGCGUCAAUGAUGUACUUAACAAUAAAACUAAUAGUAGCGUCAAUGAUGUACUUAACAAUAAAACUAAUAGUAGCAUCAAUGAUGUACUUAACAAUAAAACUAAUAGUAGCGUCAAUGAUGUAUUUAACAAUAAAACUAAUAGUAGCAUCAAUGAUGUACUUAACAAUAAAACUAAUAGUAGCGUCAAUGAUGUAUUUAACAAUAAAACUAAUAGUAGCAUCAAUGAUGUAUUUAACAAUAAAACUAAUAGUAGCGUCAAUGAUGUACUUAACAAUAAAACUAAUAGUAGCAUCAAUGAUGUACUUAACAAUAAAACUAAUAGUAGCAUCAAUGAUGUAUUUAACAAUAAAACUAAUAGUAGCGUCUAUGAUGUAUUUAACAAUAAAACUAAUAGUAGCGUCAAUGAUGUAUUUAACAAUAAAACUAAUAGUAGCGUCAAUGAUGUAUUUAACAAUAAAACUAAUAGUAGCGUCAAUGAUGUAUUUAACAAUAAAACUAAUAGUAGCGUCAAUGAUGUAUUUAACAAUAAAACUAAUAGUUGCAUCAAUGAUGUACUUAACAAUAAAACUAAUAGAAGCGUCAAUGAUGUAUUUAACAAUAAAACUAAUAGUAGCGUCAAUGAUGUAUUUAUUAAUAAAACUAAUAGUAGCAUCAAUGAUGUACUUAACAAUAAAACUAAUAGUAGCGUCAAUGAUGUACUUAACAAUAAAACUAAUAGUAGCAUCAAUGAUGUAUUUAACAAUAAAACUAAUAGUAGCAUCAAUGAUGUAUUUAACAAUAAAACUAAUAGUAGCGUCAAUGAUGUAUUUAACAAUAAAACUAAUAGUAGUGUCUAUGAUGUACUUAACAAUAAAACUAAUAGUAGCGUCAAUGAUGUACUUAACAAUAAAACUAAUAGUAGCAUCAAUGAUGUACUUAACAAUAAAACUAAUAGUAGCAUCAAUGAUGUAUUUAACAAUAAAACUAAUAGUAGCAUCAAUGAUGUAUUUAACAAUAAAACUAAUAGUAGCAUCAAUGAUGUAUUUAACAAUAAAACUAAUAGUAGCGUCAAUGAUGUACUUAACAAUAAAACUAAUAGUAGCGUCAAUUAUGUAUUUAACAAUAAAACUAAUAGUAGCAUCAAUGAUGUACUUAACAAUAAAACUAAUAGUAGCAUCAAUGAUGUAUUUAACAAUAAAACUAAUAGUAGCAUCAAUGAUGUAUUUAACAAUAAAACUAAUAGUAGCAUCAAUGAUGUACUUAACAAUAAAACUAAUAGUAGCAUCAAUGAUGGAUUUAACAAUAAAACUAAUAGUAGCAUCAAUGAUGUACUUAACAAUAAAACUAAUAGUAGCAUCAAUGAAGUAUUUAACAAUAAAACUAAUAGUAGCAUCAAUGAUGUAUUUAACAAUAAAACUAAUAGUAGCGUCAAUGAUGUAUUUAACAAUAAAACUAAUAGUAGCAUCAAAAAAAGUAUAGAUUUAUUGAUGGAUUUACGAUAAGGUAAAGAGAUGGCUUGAGGCUAUUUACACAGUAUUAAUUAUAGGAUGAAAGGCUAACCUUUUUUCUUUCAACUCAGGUGUUUCGUAGUGGUGAAGGAAUGGGCAUCAGGCUGGACAGUGCUUCUGCCUUUGCCGGUGCUGUUAUCUCACCUUAUUACGACUCGCUGUUGGUCAAAGUUAUUGCUCAUGCCAGGGAUCACCCAGCCGCAUGUGCUAAAAUGUUGCGUGCUCUCAGGGAGUUUCGCAUCAGAGGGGUCAAGGUGAAUACAAAUCAAACCGAUUCAACUUUCCAGUUUGUUGUAUAUUUUUUAUUUAUGGGUUUAGCAUAAUAAAAUAAACAAAUUUUGGACCAAAAUGUAUAAAGUUUAUAUGAGUUUGCAAGUUGGCAUUUACCCGUACUUUGUUUGCCAUCUGGCAUCUACCAUACCAUUUCCCAUAAAUAGAUUUCCAAUGUGGGUUGAAGCUUAAGUGGCUCUAGGAAAUCCAGUGUGGCAAGGUGCGUUUAGUGGUUGAAAUGUGACUGGAAGGAGGACAGUUUAGAAUUGAUGGAUACACGGAAAAGUCACAAGCAAAACUUUACAAUAACAUGUAGAUCCUAGCACAACACGCUUUCCAUUAUUACCAUAUAUAUUUUUUUAAAUAUAUUUUUAUAUAUUAUGUAAUUUUAUGUUCUAUCUCUGAUUCUUUAUGUUUUAUGUGGAGAAUCGGGUCACGUCUCUAAAAAUGUGUAAAAAAUUUGUUGAACAUUUUAUUGUGACAUACAAAAGAAUAAUUUUUAAAAAGUUAUAAAAAAUGUGUAUUUGUUAGGGCUCAUUUAAACAUUCAAUAUUUAUAUUUUUAUUACUAUUUAAAUUGCAAGCAAGAAAUCCUGAUGUAAACACUGGAUUAUACUUAAUUACUUUAAAAUUUUAUGGUGCUUUUCAGUGAGCCUUGUGGCAAGUAUUAAAUUACCUCCCUUAACAUGAUGAACUUUCAGACAAACAUCCCCUUCUUGCUCAAUGUGCUGCAAAAUGAAACAUUCCUCAAAGGAGCGGUGGACACCUACUUCAUUGACGAAAACCCCCAGUUGUUCCACUUUGCCGCCAGUCAGAACAGGGCACAAAAGCUUCUCCAUUACUUGGGUAACAUCAUGGUCAACGGCCCAUCCACUCCACUGGGUACCACCAUGAAGCCAUCUGAUGUUGUCCCCACCGUACCGGCUGUGCCUCUUGGUAAGUUAACACCCACAUUUGUAUACAGUGAUAUUAAAAUUAAAGAAAUACUCUGUCCAUCAUAUUUAUUUGCCCUAGGGGAAAGUGAGGAAAUCGGGUUGUAAAUGAAAAUAGGUGGUGUAAAGGGCCUUUUUUAGGGUGUGUAAUAGGAAUGAUAAUUAAAUCAUGUUGUAAAUAACCAUGAGACAAAUAAAUGACAAAAAUGUUAUUGAGAUGCACAUCCUCCACCUUGCCCAAAUCAAUCCCAUCAUUGCAAAUGGUGUUACCAUUCUCAGUUCCUUGCUAUGUGGUUCAUUUAAAGUGAAUGAAUUUUUUUAAACUUAAGUGUUAAUGAUUGCAUUAUACAUUUUCAGCACAUAAAUAAACCAAUUUGAACACACAACAUUUAUAAUAAAUUAUUUCAAACAUCCAUUCAGUGAGGUCUCUUAGCCAAAUUGGGGACUUAUUAGUUCUCAUUAAGAUGUGUGACUUCAGAGGGAGCAUGCUGGUAAUUUGUACAGAUUGGGGAACAAAAGAAUUACAUGGCCCAAUCAACAGGGGUGUUGAAAAAAAAAAUUUAAACGUAGUAAUUUGAAAAUAAAUCCAUUCUAUAUUUUCCUGAUGUUUAAAGACAAAAACUAAAAGGUUGUCAUGUGGAAAUGAUCACCUUUCAACAAAAAUAAUGGACAUAGCACGCUUGAAACAUCCACCGAUUAUUUCAAUAAAAGCUACAAGUUGAUGACUAUAACACUUUAAAUAAUUAAAUAUCUCUCUCAACUAUUAUUAAGUUAUUGGUGCAUUGAGUUGAUAGUGUGCAACUCAUAUUGUAGAUGGUAGUGGGGAAAUUAACAUCCACUGCACAGAAAGGCUGGGAACUGCUCCGCCAAACAAUUGGGGAUAGACUAAAAGCUGUAAAUAAAUGAUGCUUAUAAGGCAGAAGUCACUGGUUUUAAACAAUUGUUUUCAUCCACAUUUUCUGGUCAUUUCUGUCAUUGUUUCAGGGAAGCAAGGCAAGGGUAAGAUGAAAGUUGUCUUCAUUCAUCAAAGUCCCUAUUUUUUUUUUCAUUGUUCUUGAUUUGACAUUGGCACUCUGCAUUUUGACUCUAAUGAGAGUUUUUUUUCUCUCUUCAGAACUGAUCAUAAGAUAUCUCUUACAAUAAUGACUGAAACUAAUAAAUAUAAAAAAAAAUUUUUUUAUUGAUCAGGAGAAAUAUAUUGCAACCACAUAAAGGAAUUAAAAGGAGCAUUUCUUUUACAGAUCAAAACAAACAGGCAUGCACAUAUAGGGAAAAAAAACCCACACAGGCUUGAGCCCACAUGGUGCAUACAUAUUUAAAUCAUAGGAAUGCAGUUUUAGCUUAAUUUAUCACCAAGCUGAGGAAAUGAAAGAUAAUUUUUUUUAAGAAAAAUUAAUUUUGUUGGAUGUAUUUUUGAUGGUUCGGAGUGAAAGGUCUUAGUUGCUGACUAUUCAUAGGUAGUGAGUCCUUUUACAAAUCAUAGGUAGUGAGUCCUUUUACAAAGUACUAAACGUUUUGCUGGGGUGUGGUGGCUGUGAUGCUGGCCACCUGAACCUUUGUCUAGGUGUAAAAAAACAAAAACAAUCAGAAACGUUCAACAUUAUGACACUUAACAGAUCUGUAAUGAGAAUCAUUUAAAUCUAAGCAUGUCGAGGGUCUAGUGAUGUCUAACGCUUUAUUUACUGAGUGUUUUAACCAUGUCCACUGUAUGAGCAAUAAUACUUAGGAAUAGUACACAUGUAUGAAUGAGAAAUUGUGUCCUCAUUAUUUGUGGUCAGUUUGCUGUUUAGUCUGAUCCUAGUAACCAGAAGUUGAACAUUGUCCCCACCACCUGUGCAGUCUACUUGGCUUCUAUGUUAAAUUUGACUAAUUUUAAAUGAAAAUUAAAUUAAAGAUAUUAUCUAUGACAACAUAACUGUGUACAAUGAUAAGUACCUAGGUUAUAUUUUAAACAAAAAAGGUAAGUAGGAAAAAGACAUUAAAAUGGCAGUACAAUUUAAAUAGACACAAUGAAAUCAUUGGAAUUUAUGUACAUUUUUUUCUCUCUUUAAAAAAAAAAAAGUAAUUUAUAGAUAUUUUGGAAAAUAUUAUUUACUAUUUAAGGCAACUUACAAAUUUAUGUGAUGUAUCCAAUAACAUAUACACAAAGUAUGUCAAGCAUUCAUUUACUCACAACUAAUCUUGCUGCCUCAUUAACAUAAUUAUGUAAGGGUAAGAAAGCCUGUGAGAUAUUUUAACAAGGGCACAUAAUCAAUAAUAACCAUUGGGUGCAGUCCUAUUAUUCUGCUGAUGUGCCAAGUUAUAUUGUUAAUUUACAUUGUUGUUAAAAUGACUUUAGACUCCAUAUAUCUUGUGUAUCCCAUUGUAUGAGCUGUAAAACUUGUGAUUGUUAUGUCACACAAAAAUUGACGCCUUUCCUUUUAUUUUGGGUUACUUCUGUUAUAACAAUUUGCCAACAAUUUUUCUGAAAAUGCUGCCUUGGGUUUCCUCCUGGUAUUGUUUCCCUCUCUUAUCUUUGUCAUGCCUGGAACGUGUCCAGGUGGUUCUUUAAUGCCUGAAGACUUUUUCACAUAUCUCCCUAUUGUUUCUUUGGUUGUGUAAAAAAAAAUGAUUGAUAGAAUUUUGUUUUAAUAUUUUAUUGGUAGAGAGGUCCUUUUUUUUUUUCCUUCAAAUAUUUUUUGUUGAUAAAUGUUGACAUUCCUGUUUUCAAAUCUUAAUUUAGAAACAUAAAUAGGCUCUAUAUCUUUUAAUUCCAAGUAAGCAAAUAAUCCAAAUUUAGAAUGAAUAAUUGAAAUUUACAAAUGAAGGGGAGAAAAAAAUCUCAAAACUUUUACUAAUUUUUAUGAGGUUUUUUAUCCAAAUUUAAUUUUUUUUUAGUAUGUCCAAAUUUUUUAUGUCCACAUUUUUUUAUGUCCAAAUUUUUAUGUCCACAUUUUUUAUGUCCAAUUUUUUUUAUGUCCACAUUUUUUAUACCUUUUUUUUUAAAUUUCAGUGGUCAAACCACCAGAUGGUCUGAGAGAAAUCAUUGUCAAAAACGGUCCGGAAGCAUUUGCUAAAAAAGUGCUGGAACACAAGGGUCUCUUACUGACGGACACCACCUUUAGAGAUGCUCAUCAAUCGCUGCUGGCCACACGGGUCAGGACCUAUGACCUCAAGAGGAUAUCCCCGUUCCUGGCCCACAAUUUUACACCCCUGUACAGCACAGAAAACUGGGGAGGUUUGUGGACUUGCUUUCACCGGCCUCAUUCACAUGAUUAUUGUCUAUUCUGAAAACAAGACUUCACUUCUGGUAUCAAGUAUCCAAAUUUCAUCAUUAGACUUGAUAAUUUUGAAAUAUUUCACAGAAAUGUGCGGGAUCUCCAUUUUGUUAAGUUUUCUUCCACAUCAUGUGUCAUUAAUUCUGUUCAUAGAAGUUGUUCAUUACGUUUGUCUAUAUAAAUCACUUAAGUUAAUUCAAAUACUUAAGCUAAUGCUAAGGCUCAGGUAUUUUAAUAUUGAUUUAAGUGAGCUUCAUGGCACAGCAGCCGACACCAUGACAGUAAAUCAUUUCAUCAACUAGACACCAACAAUCACACCAUUAAAUGUUGAAACAUGGCCACAUUUUAUUGUUAUUGAUAUUCACUUAUUGGUGUUAGCCAUGUCCCUUUAUUAGUGCUUUAAACUAGAAAGACUGUCAUUCCUUCCUGACAUGCUCAGUAGAAGAGUCUGUAGAUGUGUUCAAGUCUCCCAUCUAUGAAUUGUAAUUCAGCAGUUGAACACGCAUUUAUGGCACUUAUAUGGAAUAGUUAAACUCAAUUUUAAGAUCUACACAAAUUAGCAAGGUAAACCAGCCAUUUAAAGAUUCUCUGCAAUUUUCAUUUUUCAAUUUCCAAUGUAAACUUACCUUAUGAGAAGAGGACUGAAGGAAGGUUCUAUAGUUAUGAUUGAUAAUCACUUCUCAUUGCCAGGUGCCACAUUUGAUGUUGCAUUAAGAUUUCUCCAUGAAUGCCCAUGGGAAAGACUGAGAGAGUUGCGUCAGCUCGUCCCCAACAUUCCAUUCCAGAUGUUGUUGCGAGGAGCCAACGCUGUUGGCUACACAAACUACCCAGACAAUGUUGUGUAUAGGUAGGUGCAGACUUUCAUGGUUAUGGUUAUCAAACUACCCAGACAAUGUUGUGUGUAGGUAGGUGCAGACUUUCAUGGUUAUGGUUAUCAAACUACCCAGACAAUGUUGUGUAUAGGUAGGGGCAGACUUUCAUGGUUAUGGUUAUCAAACUACCCAGACAAUGUUGUGUAUAGGUAGGGGCAGACUUUCAUGGUUAUGGUUAUCAAACUACCCAGACAAUUUGCUGGUCCAACAAUUUGGAACACCCUUCCAGUCGAUCUCAGAAACAAUCAGACACUGGAGUCCUUUAAAACCGAUUUAAAGACACAUUUAUUUCGCAAACACCUUCUGGGAUGAUUGUCUACCAUAUUUUCCAUUUAAUGCAUAUUAGCUGUGUUGCUCACGGUUGAAAUGGGUUGAAAGACUUUGACAUUGUAUGCUUGUAAUUGGUUUGUGUAGUGUUGCGUUUGUUUUAAAUGUGGUAAAUUAUAGAUUUUUUACUCUUGUACCACGCUACGAGCCUUUGGGGAUGAAGCGUGUUUUUGAAAUACACUUUAUUAUUAUUAUUAUUAAUGUUGUGUAUAGGUAGGGGCAGACUUUCAUGGUUAUGGUUAUCAAACUACCCAGACAAUGUUGUGUAUAGGUAGAGGCAGACUUUCAUGGUUAUGUUUAUCAAACUACCCAGACAAUAUUGUUUAUAGGUAGGUGCAGACUUUCAUGGUUAUGUUUAUCAAACUACCCAGACAAUAUUGUUUAUAGGUAGGUGCAGACUUUCAUGGUUAUUCUUUCUUAAUGUCCCAAAGAAUUUAAUAAGUGAACAAUAUCAGAAUGUUCAAUUUCAGAAGAAACCAUUAGUUAAGUUAUGUUUUGAACAUAAUCAUAUUAAAUUUUGUUUGCCCCUGUAGAUUCUGUGACCUGGCUGUGAAGAAUGGCAUGGAUAUUUUCAGGAUAUUCGAUUCCCUCAAUUACGUACCAAACAUAAUUGUAGGGAUGGAGGCUGCAGGAAAUGCAGGUAACUAAAGUUUGGCAUCUUCCCUGGCAUACAAACUUGACAUGAACCCAUGACUGUAUGAGUUUUUUGAACUACACCUUAAGAAUAAGUUACCGUCCAACCCUAUUUUGAACCAGACCUUAAGAAUAAGUUACCGUCCAACCCUAUUUUGAACCAGACCUUAAGAAUAAGUUACUGUCCAACCCUAUUUUGAACCAGACCUUAAGAAUAAGUUACCGUCUAGCCCUGUUUUGAACCAGACCUUAAGAAUAAGUUACAGUCCAACCCUAUUUUGAACUAGACCUUAAGAAUAAGUUACCGUCCAACCCUAUUUUGAACUAGACUUUAAGAAUAAGUUACCGUCCAACCCUAUUAAAUUCACUUGAGGCAUAGGAUCCAUUGCCUGGAGUUUAAUCCUUUGAGAUUUCAGAGUUCAAGUAACAUACAUUGUCUUUACAUUAUGUUCAAUGAACAGGUGGUGUUGUCGAGGCUGCCAUCUCAUACACUGGAGAUGUGUCUGAUCCCACAAAGAAAAAAUAUAACCUGGAGUACUACGUUAAACUGGCUGGUGAACUCAUUAAAGCAGGCACACAUGUUCUCUGUAUUAAGGUAACACAGAUCUAGCCUCAGGGAUAUGUCAUGUUAAAACUUGUACCUUAAAAAUGUGUGGCAAUUUGGCUUAACAAUUUACAUACAGACACCUAUUAUUUCAGCUUAAAAUAGUUACAGUGGGUUCACAAUUUGUUUUUUUCAAGUGCUAAAAAGUUCAUGAGAAAAAGUUUUUGAGACAAAACAUCUUAAUACAGAACUAUAUUUCUAUGAUCAGGACAUGGCUGGCCUUUUGAAGCCAAGGGCUGCAACUCUGCUGAUCAAGACCCUCAAGGAUAAGUAUCCCGAUACACCAAUUCAUGUCCACUCCCAUGACACUUCAGGUGCCGGUGUGGCUGCCAUGCUGGCGGCGGCGUACGCUGGAGCAGAUGUUGUUGAUGUGGCCGUCGACUCGAUGUCCGGUCUCACCUCACAGCCCAGCAUGGGCGCAGUGGUGGCCUCCCUUGAAAACACUGAGUUUGAUACAGGUAUGAAACAAUCAAAAUCAUCAGUUAACUACACGAUAUGCUGUUAACAAGCAUCAGAGGGAUCUUAAAAAAAAAAACAAUACUUUUUCAAUGCAUUAAAAUUUGUACAAGUAAUACAAUGCUACUUAGCUUGUCCUUCCAGAUUUUUAUACACACUAAAACAAAAACCCCACAUUUUUGUGAGGUAGUAGAAAUACGUUAUACGAUAUGCAUGAAAAGUAAUGGUACUGAAACUCCUGCAUCUUGAAUGCAUUGUGCAUUUGUCAAAAGGACAUAGCAGCGCAUAUCCCCAGUUGUAAAAAGGAAGAUACGUUGGUCAGCUUUCGUUGAAAAUGGAUCUCAACCUCUUGAGAAACGCACAUAUAUAUUUAAGUUUCAGUACUGUUACUUCUGGCACAUACUGUAUAAAAGAUGAUAUGUGAAUUGUAGGCAGGGGCAAAUCCACUUUGGUGGAGUGGGGGGGGGGGGGAAAGUGGAAUUCAUUAGUGAGAUGUCCUUUGAAACAAUUACAUUAUAGUCUUCCUCUAUUCCUAAAGCUACAAUCUAUGGCAGCAGUAAAACAAUCCAUUAAAAAUUAAAUAGAAAAUAUUUUUUUCCAAAUUAAGCUUAACCAAAGUGGUGGGCAAUAUUAAGAAUAUCAAAAACAUAAACUAAACCUGUCAAUGAAACUGAUAGAUUCGAAAUUAGUAUAUUUAUUUAUUUAUUUUUUUACUUGACUAAAUGCUUUUAAAAUUCUAUUAAGUCACAGUUUGGCUUCUUAUCGCAUUGUUUCAAAGCACCCGCCUCAAUAAAGCUAUGUACUUGCAGGUCUCUCCUUGGACAACGUGUCUGCGUAUUCAGCCUACUGGGAGCAGGCUCGUAACCUGUACGCACCAUUCGAGUGCACAGCCACCAUGAAAAGUGGAAAUGCUGACAUAUACAAGAAUGAAAUACCCGGUUGGUCGCCAGAUGUUGAUUCCAUCAUUCACAUUCUUUAUUCCAUUAUUUUCAAAGACUUUUUUUUUACCUCUUCCCAUAUCUCACAUCACUAACUUAAUAAGUGAAAACAAUUGAAUACAUGUAUCCCAGAAAUAGCUUGCCAUUUGGUUGCAGAUCAAGUCAUAUGGAAAAGAAACCAUAUCAUUUCUUUCAUAUUCAUUCAUUGAAUACCCCCCCCCCCACCAAAUGUUNCUUUUUUUUUACCUCUUCCCAUAUCUCACAUCACUAACUUAAUAAGUGAAAACAAUUGAAUACAUGUAUCCCAGAAAUAGCUUGCCAUUUGGUUGCAGAUCAAGUCAUAUGGAAAAGAAACCAUAUCAUUUCUUUCAUAUUCAUUCAUUGAAUACCCCCCCCCCACCAAAUGUUAAAGAGUACCUGCUUAAAUAUGACUUAUCAAAUAUAAGACCUGCUCCAACUCAUGUCUUAUGUCAGAGCAAAGUUGCCUCUGCCUGCUUGGAGCAAGUGGCUUUAACUAGAGUUGGGCAAGGGGUCGGGGAGGGGGGGGGGGCAUUCAGUGAAAGUGUUCAAUGAACAAAGACCUUUUAGACUUACCAUUUUGUUUCUAUUAUGACACAUGCAAACUGGUAUUAUGACUUUGAUGUAUGUCUGCUCAGGUGGUCAGUACACCAACCUCCAGUUCCAGGCCUUCAGUCUCGGUCUAGCUGACCAGUUCGAAGAGAUCAAGAAGAUGUAUUCUGUCGCUAACAUUUUACUCGGUGACCUACCCAAGGUUAGUCAAGGUCAUUUUUUAAACCAAGUAUCCAUAAUAGAAAAUGAGUGUUUAUGAUGGAAACAUGUGCUACGCUCGACAACGCCAACCCGUGACCAUGCCAACCCGUGACCAUGUCAACCCGUGACCAUGUCAACCCGUGACCAUGCCAACCUGUGACAACAAAAACUGAAUAAAAAAAGUGAGAAGAAAAAACACAAGAUCCUGAACAAAAACAAGAAAAACUCCAGAACACAAGAGAAAAGUCUCAUUAGUUGAUGUAAUGAUUAGUGUUGUGUAUGUGUGCAAUCUUUGUCUUUAGAUUAGUGUUGUGUAUGUGUGCAAUCUUUGUCUUUAGAUUAGUGUUGUGUAUGUGUGCAAUCUUUGUCUUUAGAUUAGUGUUGUGAAUGUGUGCAAUCUUUGUCUUUAGAUUAGUGUUGUGAAUGUGUGCAAUCUUUGUCUUUAGAUUAGUGUUGUGAAUGUGUGCAAUCUUUGUCUUUAGAUUAGUGUUGUGUAUGUGUGCAAUCUUUGUCUUUAGAUUAGUGUUGUGAAUGUGUGCAAUCUUUGUCUUUAGAUUAGUGUUGUGAAUGUGUGCAAUCUUUGUCUUUAGAUUAGUGUUGUGAAUGUGUGCAAUCUUUGUCUUUAGAUUAGUGUUGUGAAUGUGUGCAAUCUUUGUCUUUAGAUUAGUGUUGUGAAUGUGUGCAAUCUUUGUCUUUAGAUUAGUGUUGUGAAUGUGUGCAAUCUUUGUCUUUAGAUUAGUGUUGUGAAUGUGUGCAAUCUUUGUCUUUAGAUUAGUGUUGUGAAUGUGUGCAAUCUUUGUCUUUAGAUUAGUGUUGUGAAUGUGUGCAAUCUUUGUCUUUAGAUUAGUGUUGUGAAUGUGUGCAAUCUUUGUCUUUAGAUUAGUGUUGUGAAUGUGUGCAAUCUUUGUCUUUAGAUUAGUGUUGUGAAUGUGUGCAAUCUUUGUCUUUAGAUUAGUGUUGUGAAUGUGUGCAAUCUUUGUCUUUAGAUUAGUGUUGUGAAUGUGUGCAAUCUUUGUCUUUAGAUUAGUGUUGUGAAUGUGUGCAAUCUUUGUCUUUAGAUUAGUGUUGUGUAUGUGUGCAAUCUUUGUCUUUAGAUCAGUGUUGUGUAUGUGUGCAAUCUUUGUCUUUAGAUUAGUGUUGUGUAUGUGUGCAAUCUUUGUCUUUAGAUUAGUGUUGUGUAUGUGUGCAAUCUUUGUCAUUAGUGUUGUGUAUGUGUGCAAUCUUUGUCUUUAGAUUAGUGUUGUGAAUGUGUGCAAUCUUUGUCUUUAGAUUAGUGUUGUGAAUGUGUGCAAUCUUUGUCUUUAGAUCAGUGUUGUGAAUGUGUGCAAUCUUUGUCUUUAGAUCAGUGUUGUGAAUGUGUGCAAUCUUUGUCUUUAGAUUAGUGUUGUGAAUGUGUGCAAUCUUUGUCUUUAGAUUAGUGUUGUGAAUGUGUGCAAUCUUUGUCUUUAGAUUAGUGUUGUGAAUGUGUGCAAUCUUUGUCUUUAGAUUAGUGUUGUGAAUGUGUGCAAUCUUUGUCUUUAGAUUAGUGUUGUGAAUGUGUGCAAUCUUUGUCUUUAGAUUAGUGUUGUGAAUGUGUGCAAUCUUUGUCUUUAGAUUAGUGUUGUGAAUGUGUGCAAUCCUUGUCUUUAGAUUAGUGUUGUGAAUGUGUGCAAUCUUUGUCUUUAGAUUAGUGUUGUGAAUGUGUGCAAUCUUUGUCUUUAAAUUAGUGUUGUGAAUGUGUGCAAUUUAACCCCAUGGUUUUAAUAAUUAUUCCACUUCAUCUGCCCUUGGCUCGGAGCGCUAGUUUUUUGAUGUGUCACUUCAAGGUCAUGCUGAUAGUUUCAUGAGCCGACAGCGAGUGACCAUUGACUUAUGAUAUCCUCCGCAGGUAACACCAUCGUCGAAAGUGGUGGGUGACAUGGCCCAGUUCAUGGUACAGAACAAGCUGACGGCCAAGGAUGUCCAGGAGAGAGCCUCGGAGUUGUCCUUGCCUUCAUCGGUUGUGGAAUACUUCCAGGGAUACCUUGGGGAGCCACCUGGUGGAUAUCCUGAACCUCUGAGAACUCAGGUCUGCCGUCUGUUUAGUUGACCAAUUGUUCAUUUCUAUUUUAUUUAAUAACUUGUGACCUCAUGUUGGUCUGAGCUUUUCAGUGAUUGUGUUAUGGUUUGAAAUGACAACACCAGUGUCCAUGAUAUUUAACAAGCAGGGAAACACCACCCCCCCACCCCCUUUUUUUCCCCCCUGAGGGCGAAUAUCUCAAGCAAUGGUUUGGGCAAAUAUUACCUGGACUAAGCUAAUUUUUUGUCACUCAUCUUGAAGGCUGUACUUAUUGUCACUAUGGUAAUAAGGGGGUGAGACUGCAGUCAGGUUAUAAAAAUAAAAAUUAGCGAAACAAAGUAUGGAGAAAAAAUGAAAAAAGAACGCAAGGAACGUGUCGGCAAGAAGGCGCCUUGGUCAGUAAACAAACAGUAAAAACAGAAUUAAAUAAAAAUGGCUGAAAUAUGGUAUCCGAGAGGACAGCAAGAGAAAUGUCUCUACUCUUGAAGGCUGUACUUAUUUUCACUUAUCUUGAAGAGCGUACUUACAUUUAUUUUAUAUGAUUUACAGGUGCUGAAAGGAGCUAAGAAAAUAGAAGGCAGGCCAGGGGCUUCACUUCCUCCUGUAGACUUCCAGGAGAUUAAGGAUAAUCUGGAGGAUAAAUAUGGCAACUGGAUCACAGAAGAGGAUGUCAUGAGUGCAGCAUUAUAUCCUAAGGUAGGAUGAUGGUUUGGUUCAAACGUAGGACUAAUGGGAGGGUACCCGAAAUCUUCUUUGCUUAUUUUGUAAGACAAUUUUUUUUGUCAUAGCCCAAUAUCUUCGAGCAAUAUUUUCAUUUAUUUCUUGAACAUUUUAUCCUGCAUGAAAGAAAAUAACUUCUUUUUAUUUUUCUAUAAAACUUUGCUUAUAGAUACUGAAAUUUAGUUGCACUGUUAAUAUACUUGAUAUUUUUUUCCAAAGCACUGUUACCAGUAGGCCUAUUUUUUCCUUAGAAAAUAAUUGAUCUGUAAAUUGUUAGGAUAACUUUAUCUAUGAUCUCUUGCUAGAACUUUGGAGCACUGGUCAUUCUUAUCACUUAGCAAAUAUGUUGAUUGGUGUCAUCAUUUGGAGCACUGGUCAUUCUUAUCACUUAGCAAAUAUGUUGAUUGGUUUCAUCAUUUGGAGCACUGGUCAUUCUUAUCACUUAGCAAAUAUGUUGAUUGGUGUCAUCAUUUGGAGCACUGGUCAUUCUUAUCACUUAGCAAAUAUGUUGAUUGGUGUCAUCAUUUGGAGCACUGGUCAAUCUUAUCACUUAGCAAAUAUGUUGAUUGGUGUCAUCAUUUGGAGCACUGGUCAUUCUUAUCACUUAGCAUAUAUGUUGAUUGGUGUCAUCAUUUGGAGCACUGGUCAUUCUUAUCACUUAGCAAAUAUGUUGAUUGGUGUCAUCAUUUUGUGUAUGUUUGAAGGUAACUGAUGAAUAUUUGGACUUCCGAAACAAAUACGGACCUGUGGACAAGUUGGACACAAAGACUUUUCUGGUUGGUCCCAAAAUUGCGUCAGAAACAGAGGUGAAUACGAUGUAAAUAAGAAAUGUCUUACAAUGUGGAAACUGUUAACAGUGAAUGAAUUUUACAAAUUGGAUUGCGUUUAAAAAGAAAUCUGCCCCCUUGUAAUGAGAUAUAAACAGUAUAAUAAAAUGACACAAAGAUUGCAUAUAAAUUGUUAUGCAAAUUCAAUUUAAAUAAUUUGAUUCAAAAUAUGCUGUUGAUCACGUGAUCAAUUAUUUUAACUGCCACGAAUUUUAAAUUAAAUUAGUGUCUCAACUUUGCCUUUAAGAAUGAUCCUUUAAAUUAUUUUUAUUAAAUGUCAAUGUUACAUUUUUAUACCCACCUCCCAAUUUUAUCUAUUAUAGUGUGUUUUAAAAUAUAUUAGAUAUACAAGCUAUUUUAAAAAGUGUAAGAAUCUUUAAAACCACAUGAGAAUUUUAAAUUAUAGCUAAAGAUAUGAUGAAAAGAUGUGAUGUAAAGAUAUUUUGAAAAUUAAAAUUUUUUGAACAUUUAAAAUGCCCCUAUUGAUAUAUUGUAUAAUAAAUUUGAUUGUCUUUAAAUUUGUGAUUAUUGAUACACAAUUGCCAAGUAGAGUUAAGGAAACUAACUGCCUUUUAAAAAUGACCAGGUGUUCCUAGAGAAAGGCAAAAACCUUUCCAUCGUCACCUUAGCUGUUGGAGACCUCAGCAAGGCUGGUACCAGAGAAGUUUUCUUUGAGCUCAACGGACAGCUGAGAUCAGUUAGAAUCAAGGACAUGGAGGCUCAAAAGGUGAUUUCCCAAUUCUUAAAACACUUAUCUGAGAUGGUUAAUUUUCAUGUCUGCCUGACUGACAACCCCAAGAGCUCCAUGCUCAUGUGGACUGAUGACAAACUGAUAACAAGGUGGACUUUGUGUUGGCCACAGGUCUCAAAAAUAUAACUGUCAUAAUACUAUCUCAUUCCAAAACAAAAAUUCUAAUCAUUAAAUGGCAUGUUCUAAAUAGUAAAUCCUGUAUAAAUAAAAAUCAUACAAUUUUCUUCAUGAUAAAUUUGCUGAGUAGUCUUGGCAUUUGUAUUUUAAAAGCCUAAGUAUUAAAGCUUACAUACAAGCAUAAUUUUGAAGGCUUAGGCUAGGAAAUAGGAUAGUUAAAGAACACAGAUAGUAAAUCAUUUUUAUAUGUUCUAAUUUUUUGUUUAUGUGUUCAGGAGAUGCACGUACAUCCCAAAGCUGUGAAAGGAGUGCUUGGAUCCGUGGGUGCUCCCAUGCCCGGCACUGUUAUUGACAUCAAGGUAAAAGAGGGCGAUGAGGUGGAGAAGGGCCAAGCGCUACUGGUGUUGAGUGCGAUGAAGAUGGAGAUGGUCGUCACUGCUCCUCUUCACGGCAAAGUCAAGCUGAUUUCAGUCACAAAGAACAUGAAGCUUGAAGGGGAUGAUUUACUGGUUGAAAUCGAACCCAAAUAGAGGAGCUCUUACUUUUUAUGGACGCAAUCUUGUGGACUCCCACCUGUUAAAAGACAACUUACAUAUUUAGAAAACCAUCAGGUAUCAUCACAGGGAAUUAAGAAUAGUUUGAUCAUCAUAGGUCAUCUCACUAAAGAGAAAUAUUUUUCAUCAUCAAUGUGUAUGUAUUGACAAAGGAAUUAAGAAUAGUUUGAUUAUCAUAGGUCAUCUCACUAAAGGGAAAUAUUUCUCAUCAUCAAUGUGUAUGUAUUAACAAAGGAAUUAAAAAUAGUAUGAUCAUCAUAGGUCAUCUCACUAAAGGGAACUAUUUUUCAUCAUCAAUGUAUGUAUUGACAAAGGAAUUAAGAAUAUUUUGAUUAUCAUGGUCAUCUCACUAAGGGGAAAUACUUCUCAUCAUCAUUGUUUUGUAGUGAACUUAUUGGAAGAAGGUUGCUUUAGAAUUUCAUGUUAACUGAGCUUGUGAAUGGAGAAAUUGAAUUGGAUUUUGUUGGAUAAGGAUUUUUAUCCAUGCACUGAUCUUAUGCAUAAGUAGAUUGGGAAAUAAGAUGAGCGGAAGUUUGAAAUAGCUGAGAAGAUGAUGAAAUACAUUGCUCAGUUGAAAUUAAACUGGAGGCAUGUUAUUAAUUGGUGCUAAAAUUUGAUUUUGAAACAUUUUUUAAAGAAUGGUGCACCCCAUCUAAGUCAGGACUAGUGUAUAGUUGGCGUAGUUGUGUUGGCUACAUUAAUGACAAAGAAUGGUGCACCCCAUCUAAAUCUGGACUAGUGUAGAGUUGGCGUAGUUGUGUUGGCUACAUUAAUGACAAAGAAUGGUGCACCCCAUCUAAGUCAGGACUAGUGUAUAGUUGGCGUAGUUGUGUUGGCUACAUUAAUGACAAAGAAUGGUGCACCCCAUCUAAGUCAGGACUAGUGUAUAGUUGGCGUAGUUGUGUUGGCUACAUUAAUGACAAAGAAUGGCUGAAACAUAUUUUAGAUGUACUUUAAAAAAUGUAAAAUUAUUAAAUAAGUACUGUUACAUAUUUUAAGCCAUCAAUUAUGGGGAUAAAAUUAAGUUGUCAUUUCUUGCACUGUCAGUUCAACCCAGACACAGCACAGUUUGGGAACCACUGAACAAAUCCAAAUAUUUUUUUUAAAAAAGGCUUUAAAUGUCCUUUGAAAAAAGAAAAAAAGGUUCUCUUAGUACUUGAAAUUUAUUUAGUUGGCAUUUUUAUAAUUUUGCUUAUGUAAGCUAUUUUGUUUAAAUCCUUUUUUUUUUUCGUAUCCGGAAAUUUGAUCAAAAGAAAUUUCGUCGACGGUAAAUUGAUAGAUGGUAAUUUGAUUGAACG